AUGGGAGGGCGCGCGGGGGAAGUGGCCAGCCAAUGGCUACGCCGCGGGGGCGGGGCUGUUCCGUGGGACAGGCCCGGCGGAAGCCGGGCGGGCUCAUUCUCGCCUCAGCCGUCUCGUCGUUGUGGUCGCAGGAGCUGCGGCGACGCUAUGGGGGCCUCAGAUUCUUUCUUGUCUUCCUACGCCGGCCUCUUCUACUGGGUCGGGGUGUCGAGCGUCGCCUACUUCGUGUGGCUGCAGCUUCUGCGCGUAGUUUAUGCCGUCCGCCUGUGGGUGCUGGGCAACCCGGCGGCGGUGGGCCCGCACCUGGGUGCGUGGGCAGGUGAGUCUACCCGCCCUCGGCCGCGCCGGUGCCCCUUGGCUGGGAAUUCUCCAGUGGAGGCCUCGGCAGCCAGCCCCCGUUUCCCUCCCUUGCUCCCUCGAGGUCUGGCCGGUGCCUUCCCCUCCUAGGCCUCUGUUCAGCCCCAGCAGUUCUCGGCUGCCUUCGCUUCUUCUCCCCACUUCGUCAAACUCGCGCACGCCUUUUCCCUCCUGCGCAAGUGUGUUUGUGUCUUCCCCUUUUAUGUUGGCGGGUGAUAACUUUCGAGCGUUUCUCCUUGUUUUGAGAGGAGCCCUCCUGGCUCACCCCUCCUCCUUAACUGGCAGUGGACGGGAAUAAAGUGCGGUACACACUCAAGGUCACUCGCCACUGAUUAGCCGAUCACUUCACAUCCUGCUGAUGCUGCUUUUCUGUAAUCGGCGCUGUGGCAGAUUUGGGGAGGGGAUAGUAAGGCUGUACUUUAAUUGUUUAAAUUUUUCUGCCCAGCGAAAGCUUCAGCUGCACAGUAAGAUUCAUAAGAUUAGUUCUUGCUUUUAUACUUGUAGUCAGGGUUUUAAAAAAACCUCUUUUCUGAUGCAUACUUCUAGAGAUAAUGUUUUUAGUGAUGUUGGUUAUUGAUGUGGAUGGUUUUCUGGCCAUAUGCAUUGGAGGGGGGAGACAUUAUCUUGUUAAGUGUUGUGAUUCCGUUCCAUCAUAGACAUUUAGAGUUCAGAAGCAGGAAUUGGUAGUCAUUAUAGAUUUUUUUGAUCCAAGGAAAGUGGGGAUAAUCCUUUGUAUCUAUCCGCCUUUUGGCCCUUUCUCCCAAGAAAUAUUUAUUUAGGGUCAUUAUUAAAUUUAUGUAAGACAUCUUACUGGCAGAAUGGAGCUUACUAGAAUAGUUUUAUCCUGUGCUUGGAUCCCUUAAGGGUUCGGAUGCCUAUGGUAUACUGAGGUUAUCUUAUAUAUACCCCAAUUUUCUACAGUUGAGAGUUACUUGACAUAGCUUCCAAGAUUUUUUUUAAAAGGAAAAGCAAUAAUAAAGCCAAAGCUUCAGAAAUGGAAAUUUAAAGCAGAAUUAAAAGAACAUAAAGCAGGAACUUUUUUGGAGCUUUUGUAUAAUGUAAAGGAUCUCAUUAGGAGCCAAGUAAAAAAAAAAUCAGAGUUAUGCUUUUGUUUGAUUGCUCUGCAACUGACCUGUAUGAGUUUUUGAAACAUGCUCUCUUUUAUGUUAAUGUAAUCAAUAGAUUUAAUUCUUGGCCCUACUAAACUGCCAGUGUAUUAUAAUAUAUGCAUCUUAGGGUCAUGAAUAAUGUAGAUUUUUCCCCCUUAAGAAAUUAAAAAGCCAUGUAGAAUUGCUUUUAUUAAACCAGCUUCUGUGCUUGUCAGUAUAUGCCAGCUUGUAGCUCUUGAUUUAUUUGGAAUUCUUCACCAAUAGUACCUUAAAAAUUUAAUUAAUCCUACGUCUCCGUCCCACUCUCUGAACUAUGCACAGAUUCAUCUCCUGCAAUAGCUAAAAUAGCAUCCUGUGUGAGGCAAAAAGGCAUUACUUGUUUAACUCUGCCACAUUUGCUUCUAGUAACAACUCCAAGUGCCCUUGAUACACACUUUUGUUGGCAUAUUUUGCUCUGAUUUCAUUUAAGAUGUUGCUAGCCUUGUCUUUAUUGCUCUUCUAUAGUACUCUUGUGAUACACUUUUGUAUUAUGGGCAGGUUAUUCUGUAGUGCUGACACAGCAAUCCUGAUGGCAGUACUGACUGUUGUGUAGUGGCCUGGGGCAGUUUAUAUUGUGAUUUUAUGGGGUUUUGGGUGCCAUAAAUUAAGUGCUAUAAUUUAAUCAAUGCUUUGCUGCAUUUAGCUGUGUAAAAAUAUAGGCCAGCCUGAUAAUGGCCGGUUUGUUAAGCAAACAAAGGCAGGGAAUAUGAGCCAUUAACAGAGACUCUCUGUGCUGGACAGCGAAUGGGUGGAGCUCCACUCUGAGCUGUGGGUAGUUAGCAGAAGACAUUACCAGAGUUUUUAGAAGGGAGUUUCAGGAUUGCAGUGGGAAAUGAUGUAAACUGGAGGGGAAAUAGUUGUAAGUUGCAGCAGGCUGGUGAAAGUGGGGAGAGAGCACAAUGGGGGCAGACAAUGUGAAUCCAAGGCUGCAGAAAUGGAAGAAAUGAAACCCUCUUGGAGUGUAAUCCUGGAAGCCCCUACACCAUAGGUUUAGGUUGUAUAUACAGUGUGUAUAAAUAAACCAUGUAUCUUAAAGACACCACAGUCUCUACUGUGCCUUAUUUCCAAAAGGAAACACAAACCCUGGGUAAGUGCCUGACACCUGAAAUCUUGCACUGCUGUGGAGAUUGGGGUGGUGUGCAACAGUAAGAGAAGAGGUGAAGUUUUUCUGGCACUGGGAAUUUCAGUACGCAACCCCAUGCUCUUCAUGCAGUGAUGCAUGCAUUACGACCAUACUCAUUUACCGUAUUUUUUGCUCUAUAAGACUCACUUUUUCCCUCCUAAAAAGUAAGGGGAAAUGUGUGUACGUCUUAUGGAGCGAAUGCAGGCUGCGCAGCUAUCCCAGAAGCCAGAACAGCAAGAGGGAUUGCUGCUUUCACUGUGCAGUGAUCCCUCUUGCUGUUCUGGCUUCUGAGAUUCAGAAUAUUUUUUUUCUUGUUUUCCUCCUCCAAAAACUAGGUGCGUCUUGUGGUCUGGUGCGUCUUAUAGAGCGAAAAAUACGGUAUGUUAACUGAAAUUCAUGUUUUGUCCCAGAGUGUAUCUUUGCCUAGUAUCACUUGUGGAAGAUAUAGAAGUUUGAUAUUUCAAAAUACUCAUUCCAAAAUGGUUGAUGCGGCCAAUGUGUAAAAUGCAAAAGGAACAAGAACCCUAACUUCACACCACUCUCCACAACUCUUUACCCCUCUCUGUAUCCCAUAAUAUUCAUUCUUGUCUUUCUGCAGUAGUACAUAUUCUGCAUCCCUAUCUUUCCCCUUUUUUCUUGUCUCUUUCUCAUCUCCAUCCCAUCUUUAUUUCUUCUGAGUCAGGAGCUGGAGUUUCACAACCAGUUUUCAUUAUUGCAAUACAGUAAUUCUCACUGUCUCAAUCCGAUUAGUCAGCUUCCAACAGACUGAAAAAACCUAGUUCUAACUCCAUCAGAUCCUUCUAACUUCAUGGUAAUACUGGGAAACCGGUUUGGCCUGCAGAUUUGCAGAGAGAGAUAGGAAAAGGCUAUGUAUGGCUGAAGCUGCACAUAGUUAGGAAGAGGACAAUGGUCUGCGCUUGGGCCUUACCUUGAACAGGCUUGUGCUAAUGUAAUGUUUUUGUUUUCAUACAGUAAAAGGUCCAAAGAAAAAUACGUUUUACAUACUCAUUUUUUUCCUAGAUAAUGUUUUGGGAACACAAGCAUGUUGUGUGCUAAAAAGACACUUAGAUACUUGUACAAAAGUGCAAAAUUUUAAACAGUUCACAAUAUAACGGUGUCAUGUUAAUUGUCUUAAUACAAAUCUAGGAAUCAGAUGAACCACUUUUUAAUCCAUUCUUAAAAAUUUAAAUAUAAGUUUCUGAGGAAAAAAAACAUACAACUUGAUGGCUGAGUAUAGGCAUACUAAUUUAAUUUUAUAAUCAGUUCCAUUUGGCAGCUUCCUUUUUUAAAAAAAAUGAUAUUUAUUGAAUUUUUUUUUUAAAAAAAAUUACACAAAAAGAAAAACAAGACAGAAAAAUAAAAAAUAAAACCAUCAUUCUCAAAUUCUCCACUUUCAAUACCUUCUUUCUUUGACCUCCUCCUCCUCCCUUUUCUUGUAUCCUGAUUAAUAAUAAUCGCAGCAAAUCCUUUCCAUAAUUCAUAGUAUUCUGUCAUUACAUUACUUUAAUCUAUUUUCAUCUUAUCUUAUAGAAAACCUUAAAGUUUAAAACUUAAAUCUUAUUUUUACCAACUUCUCCUAGCCAUAACAUUCUUACCAAAUUCUUUAGACAUUUUUACAAGAGCCAAGUAAUUUCAUUUCAACAUUUUUCUAGCAUUCACCAAUUUUAUAGAACAAUCCUAAUGAUAAAAAAAAAGAAAUAAACAAUCCAAUCUUCAUCCAGCGUCCCUUCCUCCUGGUCCCGGGUUUUGUCAGUCCUUUUAUCUUAUUAAUCUAGCACAUUAACCUGGUAAUCUUAUAUCCGAAGCCCUCAAGUCUCUUCCGUGUCCCUUCCGCAGCUCUUCUUCAUAUUUUCCUUUCAUUCGUGGGAACUCCAGCUUGGUAAUGUUUUUGACCCUUUUCAACAAAUCAGCCCCUUUUCCAUAGUCCAGACUAGACUCCAUGUGGUAUUUAAAAACAUGUUUCAGAUUCCCUCCAAAAUUGAGAGCCCCCACAGCUCCAAACAUCUGACGGCCCAUUGCCAGACUUGAAAAGUCCAAAUCUCCCUGUAUAGGGGGGUCUGUCCAACCCCCAUUUCCAAACCAAACCAAACUUUAUCUUUCCAAGUCUGGUUUUUUCCAAGUUCAUUUAUCAAAUCCAAAAAUUUAUGUUCCUGCUGGGCCGCAGCUCCCUCCGUCUCUGGCGCCCAAGAUUCAGCAGCAUCCUCUUCUCUCAACUGUUCUGUCAUGGCACACUCCUGUUUUAGCUCCUGGGUGGGCUCCAUAUAAUUUCCCACUACCUGUUCAAAGGUUCUGGCCGCUUUAGUCAUCAAAUCCGUCUUCUGGCUUAACUGAUCCAAUAGGGCAUUUAUUUUGCAGAGAGCACCCAACAGUGCUUCUGAAGACAUUGUCCUGCAAGGUCACAAAUCCUUUCCCACGGUUGUAAUCUGUGGCAGCUGCAAGCUCCCAGGAAUUAGUUACAAUUUCACAGUCCCCCUCUAGGGGGAAAUCUUCUGGUUGUUCUUUCUUUUAAAAACAAUAGCAACAACGUUUCUUUUUAAAGGUAUUUUGUCCAUAUUUGUUCUUUUAAAAUGCAAAAGGAAACAGUGGAAUCACUAUGUUUCUCUUCUUUUAACUAUCUGUCAAAGACAUUUGUUUCUGGUCAAUGAGCUUCAAACGUCAAUUCUGACACCCCGCUCCAGGAUCAGGACGGUGGAAAAUUACUUUGCUUUAAACUCACUUCUGCAGGUUUAAACAGCCCAAAAAAGAUCCCCCUUCUUCUCCUGCUGCCGAAGGGGGGUUCAGCGAUUUUAAAUGAUGAAAGCCAAUCCUUUGAAAGUGAUUUUUAAAGCUCUAGUUUACGUUGUCUUUGCUUUAUUCUGGCUACAAGGAAACGGAAGGCUGACUUCCUGUUUAGAUCUUCCCGUUUCAGUAUCAAAUUAAGGUAAAUUUUUAAGUCCAAAUUCCUUUCUAUUUCGCCAGUUCUUAUUUAAAGUCCAAAUGUUCAAUGUUCCAGUACUCACGGGUGGUUAUUUUAGAUGCCAAAUUGUCCCAGGAAAAAGGCAGCGCUCUCCGGCAACGGCUAUGUGGCUUCGCUCCGCAGAAAAAGCAAUUGACUCACAGCACCUCGCCACUUCCCCCUCUUCGCUUCGGAGCCCGUUAGUGGGUUCCUUUGCGGGUUGGGGGGGGCGCUAAGGGUGCCCGCCGAGUCCCACGGUCACAGGCUUCAUCCGCCUGUGAUUUCCAAAAGGGUCCCCGCUUCGCCGUAGCGGAAAAGACCCAUUUCAUGCGGAGCUGGUCCCUCCAGUUCAGAGGGAGUCCGCCAUUGCCGAUGGCGCCACCCCGGAAGUUCCCCAUUUGGCAGCUUCCAAGACUUUCCAACUUUUGCAAUCAAAUUACAUAAUAUUUUUCCAUUAGUUCUUUUCUGCCACACCAAAACAACCUUUAUCCUGAUAUCACUGACCUGAUAAUUCCAUCAGCCUAUCAGAUAAUGUGUGGAUGUGCCUGUCUGUAGCUCUACCUAGGAGAUUACGGUACAUCUUGUGAAAACUGCAUAAUCUUGAUCAGUUGUUCCCAAAUCUCACCCCCUCUUUAAAAAUGCUUAGGGAAUUGGCAGAGCCGUCUUUGCUCCUUUUUCCUUUUUCCUUUUAUAGCAGUGGUAAUGCACUGUGCUAUAUGCCUUAAGAUUUUUUUUAAAAAAAGGCUUUUUAUAUCUUACACUCUAUUUUAUUGUAGUACAAUUUGAAUUCCACAGAAUUCUGUAGAAUUCAAAUUGUAAGCGUUCUUCACAGGCAUGCUGUGGACCACACAAACAAAGCUGAUGGUCUGUGGACCACAGUUUGGGAACCCCCCGUCUAGGUAAAUGAUUAUCAGAGAGUACUGAAACAUGGGCAUAUUGUCCAUGCGCUUAAGAGAUACACUACAGACAUUAUUUCUGGACUUUGCUCAUGCUGUUGACAGUCCACAAGCUGCUUCUCACUUUCUCAAAUAAUGUGACAUGUUUUGUGCCUUAGGCAAAUUGCUCAUUCUACACAUGUAGCCACAUACUUGAGAUUAUAGUUGAGAGCAACCUCGAGUAAAACAGAGCACUUUUCCAAGUUAACCAAGGGUGGUAUUCAAAUAAGGUUUACUCCGAGUAAACCCAGAGAAAUUAAUCAACCUAUUUUUGUCACUUGAAUUUUUAUGAGUCUUCUCUGAUAAGAAAUAGCUGAAUACAACCUUUAGUUUCUUUACCUCCUUACUACUAGCCUGCUGUAUGCAAAAGUAACAUCCAGUGAUGUACACCAGUUUGCCCAGCAGAUCUUCUGUCUUCUAUUUUCCCUUCCUGAACAGAUUUUAGGGGCACAUGGGGGCGUGGAGAGGAAGACAAAGCCCAGAUGUGCAGGUGGAUGUCUGCUUGCACUAUGGUUUGAUCUUGCUCAUAUCGGCCACUAAAGGUCCUCGGGGUUACAUUUACAUUAACAAAAAACAUCAGGCAACUAUAUUAAAAUUAAAACUUGUAAGAAUUACUUCAGCCAGAGAUAGCCUAUCCACAUACCUCUCUCAUUAUUUAAGAUAGAGACAUAAAACCAUCUUUGUUUCCAAUAACAUUGUGGUUUGUCCAUAUAGUCCAUAUAGGUAAGCCAAAAUUCCACUCCUUUAAUACAUGCUUUGAGGUGGUUCCAAUUUACUGUGUGUUGAAACACAGCUAGUUUGGAAACUUGUACCUGUACCUGUCUUCCAGAAAAGUACCUCUCAGUUUUAACAUUCGGGAACUGGACAUGUUAAUCCAGAUAAAAUCUUAAUAGCCUGGAAUAAACAAUCUCGUUUUCCUCUGCACAGCUGUCUCUUGUUCCUCAGUCAGGAGUGCUGGACAGCACAAAGCCAUUGUGAAGAAGUUGUUAGAGUGCUGAGCUAGGACCUGGGAGGCCAGGAUUCAGGUCCCUACUCAGCUUUGAAGCCUACUGGGUAAGACUUUGGGCUAGUCAUUGUCUCUCAGCCUAACAUACCUCACAUGGUUAUUGUGAGGAUAAAAUAGAGAGGGGAAGAAGUGUUUCCUCUUCGUUAGCUCUUUGGGAAUAAAAGGUGGGCUAUAAAUGUAAUAAUAAAUAAAAUCCCCAAUUUGUCUACACCCAUGCACAAAAUACACAAAUUGUGCACCUCUAGGAGAUAUUCAUGCCACAGCAUAAGGCAGAGGUCUCCAACCUUUUCAGUCCACAACUCCCUUAACCAUCUACUGUACACUCUUUCUGUGGCACCCCUGUGGGGCUCAGGAACCCAGUUAUGUCACCCCUUGCCUGCAGAGUUGGCUUCCUCUCACCUUUUUGCAAACACCCUCCCUUGUGGAGUGUUCCCUCAGCCUCUUCUCUCCCCUCUCCUUGGGAGUCCUGCUGCUGCCCCUGGUCUCUGAGCUGCCCCACUCCCUGCCCCAAAGAAAGGUGGUUCCCAGAGACACCUUUUAGUCUGCAGAGUUUACAGCCAGGGCUGUAAUAAUAAGCUGUGCAAGCCUUUGGGAGGCAGAGACAUGAGAGAGCAUCAGAGGAGGGAGGGAAGAAAAGAGGGACAGAGGUAAGUGUUGCCCGUGGUACCCCUGACCAUCAUUCAAGGCACCCCAGGGUGCCAUGGCACACUGAUUGAAAACCACUGGCAUAAGUCAUCAGUUGUUCCAGUCUCGCCAUAGCAAUUGUCAAAUGCUGCUGGGCCAGGAUAUGAAAUAUGGCCUGAAUAGAUUGAAGCUUUUAUGUGUGGUUGUACAUGGAAAUACCCUUUCAAGGCAAAAUAUGCUUUCAGUGAGGUUUAUAACAUGGGAAAGAAGUCCUGUGAGGAAAGGUUGAAGAAGGAGCUGGGUAUGUUUUGUAUGGAAAAGGGUGGGAUGGGGAGAGAAAGUAUAAAGGUAAAGGGACCCCUGACCAUUAGGUCCAGUCGUGGCCGACUCUGGGUUCGCGGUGCUCAUCUUGCUUUAUUGGCCGAGGGAGCCGGUGUACAGCUUCUGGGUCAUGUGGCCAGCAUGACUAAGCCACUUCUGGUGAACCAGAACAGCGCACGGAAACGGCGUUUACCUUCCCGCCGGAAGUACCUAUUUAUCUACUUGCACUUUUGACGUGCUUUUGAACUGCUAGGUUGGCAGGAGCAGGGUGAGCAACAGGAGCUCACCCUGUCACAGGGAUUCGAACCACCGACCUUCUGUUUGGCAAGUCCUAGGCUCCGUGGUUUAAUCCACAGCGACACCCAUAUCCCUAGGAGAGAGUAUGUUGUUGUUUAGUCGUUUAGUCGUGUCCGACUCUUCAUGACCCCAUGGACCAGAGCAUGCCAGGCACUCCUGUCUUCCACUGCCUCCUGCAGUUUGGUCAAACUCAUGCUGGUAGCUUCGAGAACACUGUCCAACCAUCUCGUCCUCUGUCAUCCCCUUCUCCUUGUGCCCUCAAUCUUUCCCAACAUCAGGGUAUUUUCCAGGGAGUCUUCUCUUCUCAUGAGGUGGCCAAAGUAUUGGAGUCUCAGCUUCAGGAUCUGUCCUUCCAGUGAGCACUCAGGGCUGAUUUCCUUAAGAAUGGAUAGGUGUGAUCUUCUAGCAGUCCAUGGGACUCUCAAGAGUCUCCUCCAGCACCAUAAUUCAAAAGCAUCAAUUCUUCGGCGAUCAGCCUUCUUUAUGGUCCAGCUCUCACUUCCAUACAUCACUACUGGGAAAACCAUAGCUUUAUACGGACCUAUAAGGAGACAGUAUAGCCCUCUUCAAAUACCUGAAAGGCUGUGAUGUAGAAGGCAAAUAUCCCCCCCUCCCCACUGUCCAGACAGGGAGUCUGGAGUAACCUCUCUGUCGCCUUCCUUGUAGAACUUAUUCUCACAUAUUCUGUUGUUUACAUAGGUGGGGUAGUAGAGCAGCUGAGAGAAUAAUGGAGGAUUCUGCAAUUAGUUAAAAUAUUUGUUACAAGCCUAAGUAUUAGUUUUGUAAUGUUUUUCUUACAAAGCUUAUAUUGCAAGAACUUAGCACUAUUUCCUCUGACUUGUGCAAUCUAUAAAUAUAUAUUGGAAAUGGAAUUUUAUUCUUCAUAUUAGAACUUAAAAAAAUAACAAACUUAUAAAAACAAGUGUUAGGGUUGCCAAGUUGUACCUAUACAGUGGUACCUUGGGUUACAUACACUUCAGGUUACAUACACUUCGGGUUACAGACUCCGCUAACCAAGAGGUAGUACCUCGGGUUAAGAACUUUGCUUCAGGAUGAGAACAGAAAUCGUGCUCCGGCGGCAGUGGGAGGCCCCAUUAGCUAAAGUGGUGCUUCAGGUUAAGAACAGUUUCAGGUUAAGAACGGACCUCCAGAACGAAGUAAGUACUUAACCCGAGAUACCACUGUAUCUUGAAAAAUCCAGAAGCAGCAAGAAAGUUGCAGCUGCUGUGGCACGUUGUGUCUUUAUUAAUCACUUUGCCCUGUAUCUUUUGUAGGAAUCAGAAGUUGAGUGUAUCGCCCCCCGCCCCCAAAAAAGAAACACAUGGUGAGCAAGGGGACUGGUUGCAAUAUAGGCACAAUCCAUGUGAACUCUCCCUUAUAACCUAAUGGUAUGGGAUCAGUUGAGUGUACAAGACCCCACAUAGUGCAAAUCCUGGAUGUGGUUCUUUGUGAAAAUGCUGGAAGAAGCCACACAGACACAACUGAGAUAGAGAUGUAGGAUGGACCAGCAGGCCUGACACUUCCAUGUCUCACAGUGCCAGUGAAUUUUCCCAGAUGCCUUUCACCCUCAUCCAUACACACACUUUUUGUUUGAUAGUUAUUAAUAAUCAAUACUUACAAUAUUAUUCUGCUCUUCCAUUGGAGUCUUUAAGAGUGGCUUAGCACUUAAGAGGAUAAAAGCAUAAAACCAGAUAAUUAAGGGCUGCUUCGGCAUAAUCUAAGUAAACAAAAACAAACAAACAAAAUCAGAAAAACACAAAACAAAAAUUUUGGGGUUAAUUUAAGCUAUUUGCCUUGCAGUGAAAACACAUCAUAACUGAGGACAGUCAGAUCUCCCUGGGGAAGAACAUUCCUCAGUAGGUAUGCACAACAGACGUUCCCCUUUGUGAUCACCACUCACCUCAGAAGGCAGGGAGAAGCCUCAAAGGGCCUACAGAGAUGGCGUUUAGAUUGGCAAGUUCAUGUGAGGGAGGCAGUCCUCCAAGUAUCUGGAUCUUAAGCCAUUUGAGGCUUUAAAUAUGAGAACCAGCUCGUUGACUUGUGUCUGUAAAUGGAAUAGUAACCAGUGAAGUUUCAUAGUUUUGAGAAGGAUUCCAUUUGAUGAAUCCCAGUUAGAAAUCUAGCUGCUGUUUGUUGUUCCAGUUGAAGUUCCCUUGUAGUCUUCAAAUGCACACUGGCUCAUUAUAGUAGUCUAAAUGGAUUGCCACUAGUACAUGAACAACUGGCAAAACUUUCUCUAUGGGGUUGGAACUAGUGCAACAGCUGUUGUUGGUGGAACAUAAUUUCAAUGACAGAAUCCACUUGGGCUUCUACAGAUGGGGCCAGCUCUAACAGCACCCUCAAGCUCCAGCCUGACCCUUAGAGGAGAGCAAGUAGGAAAAAUAGUUAUCCUAUUUAUUGCAUAAGUGCAGGGUCCCCAAACUAAGGCCCGCGGGCCGGAUAAGGCCCGAGGGACUCGUUAAUCUGGCACUGCGCUGCGUGGCUUCCCACUUCCAGGUCAGAGGAGCACCGGAAAUAGCUUGUGCGCAUGUGCAAGCGUUAUUUGCGCAUGCGCAAGCAUUAUUUCCGGUGCACAUCCAGGUCGGAGGAGGCCUGUGCACAAGCUAUUUCUGGUGCUUCUCCGACCCGGAAGUGCUCCGGAAAUAGCGUGUGUGCACGCGUAUGGGCACGCACUCCUCCGGCCCACUGUGCGUCCAGCGCUGGAGACACCAGCCCGAGGCACUAAGUUUGCUGACUCCUACAUAAGUGUUCUGUAAGGAUUGGUAGUUCAUCAUGUACCAUCCUUUCUGGGGGUAUUUGGCCCCCUUUGAAACCUGCAAGGCAGAUUCCAUGCUUUCCAUUGUGCUGCUAAAGAAAGGAGGGGAGACAAUGAAGGAAGGGAUGCAGGGACUUACUUCAACACUUAAAUUUCAGUCCUUGGACCACCUAGUGAACUUGUACUUACUGGUUUUUCCCCCCUUUUAUUAAGAAUCUUGGACAGCUUUUUAAAAAUAAAAACAUAAACCAUGCAUUCUGGUUUUGCUGGGACAGACCUGACUUGAUAUUUGGCACAUGCAAAAGUGAGCAAAUUGUUGCUCAGCUCCUUCUUUAGUCAGAAGGAAGUUUCUUGGUGAAGUUAGAAGUUUACAUUGCAUGUUCUCAUAAUUGUUGUUGCCCUUUUCUUAACCAGAAGGAACAAUGAUUUUUUUAAGCUGUCCAGUAAAUGCAGAUCUGAUGCAUAUAAGCCAUACAAUUAACAGAGAUCCUGUGCAAAUUUUAAAGCAUGUAAAAUGUUGAGUUAUAUGCAGUUGCUUCUUACUUAACUGUUCAAGUAAACCCCUCUGGCAGUUUUCUAAAGGAACUUGAAGAGUGAGUAAUGUAAUGAAGAAGUUGCUUCAUGGUCAUGUUUGUUGGGAAAACAUUUUGGUUUGAAAUUGAUUGUGCCUUUGAGAGUGUUUUAGCUGUAGAAUGAAGUUUUUUAUAUAUUGCUACACAGCAUCCUCUGUUGGCUAACUUGUGAAUCGACCUCCCUAUUUUUAUGCCUACAACUGUAGCAUUCCUUUCAAAAUACAGCAUUCUCUUCAGUUAUGUAAUUACUGUACUGCCAAACAGUUCAACACAACAUUGAAGGCUGGUAUGUGUACAUUGAAGGCUCUAAUGUAGGAACCUCCGCUGAACAAUGUUGAUGCAUUAGUUUAAAAUGUAUUGUAAUAAACAUCUAUGCUGCUCCUUGAUUGUGUUUCCACUGGUGUCCCAACUAAAUUAACCCUAUUUGGCUCGUAUAUAAUUUCAGAUUUACUCAGAUCUUGAAUGGACUUCCUUGACGGAGAGUCAGGCACUCCACCUAUAGAAGGAAAUACUUUGGGUGGGGUAGCUUUCUUUGUUAAGAGUUAUUGCACAUGCAGGCAAAGAUAUCAACGAAGUUCUCCUGAGGCAGGCUCAUAGAAGACCAUCUCAAGUAAGAAGCAAGCUUUCAAAUCCCUGAGUCCUCUUAGAGCUUGGUUUUUUAUCUGAGUUGGAAAGCAUUCCCAACUAUUCCUGUUCAUCCCUUAAUAUCUGUGAAAUGCCUCCCAAAGUGGUUUACAACCAUAUUAAAUUUCCCAUUAAAAAUAUCAUCAAACCAUUGACAUUUAAAACACCCACGGUCCAUCCAAAUAUAAAGCAGCAUACCAUAAAAGAAAAGAAAUAAUAUAACAAUGUAAAAACACAGCAUACAACUUACAGAUCCCAAAGGCCAUGGUAAAAGAAGUCUUAAGCCCUGUUUGAAAUUAAUGAGGGAUGGGGCUUGGGUGAUACCACUUGGAUUUAAUUCUGAAAAUGUCCUCUUGCAUGUUUGUGCUAACCUAAUUAUUUUUGCACUCCCCAGCUAGUUUGGGGCAAGGAGAUAGGGUUAGCCAUUUUAGCAGUGGGUGGCAGAGUCAGCAGGGCACCUCAGCCAGUUGCCACCAGAAUGACAAGCCCUCCACACAGAUGCAGGUAUUGGUGCUCUUAUGUGUGGGGAAUAUGUUGCAUGAUUUUGUUGAGACUUUGGUUUUCUAGCAGCUUUUGGAGUGAACAGUUAGUGGGUUGGUAACAAGCCAAGUUAAAUAGAGUACGUGAGAAAGUCUGCUUGGAGAUAAGGAAGCCUAGCAACAGGUGGUGAUUGACUAAGUUCUUCCUUAUAAACAGAAUGACAAAGCAGUUUUCUUGUUGGAGUAUUGGAGUGCUGAAGUUUGGAAAGAAGUUUGAGUACCUCGGGUUAAGAACUUUGCUUCAGGAUGUGAACAGAAAUUGUGCGGCGGCAGCAGCAGCAGCAGGAGGCCCCAUUAGCUAAAGUGGUACCUCAGGUUCAGAACAGUUUCAGGUUAAGAACGGACCUCUGGAACGAAUUAAGUACUUAACCCGAGGUAUCGCUGAAGGAACAGGUUACCCAAACCUGACUAUCCAGUAGUUACCCAAACCGGGCCCCCAAACCUCCCAAAUUCUUUCCUCAAGGAUUCAUUAGCUAAAAUGCAUUAGCUUCACCACUGUAUAUGGUAACUUGUACAAAGCUGUGCUUUACUCUGCUGUAUAUAAUAAAGCUAACUAAAAAUCAAGUUACUAGUCAAGCAAGUUCCGUUCCUGUUCAUCGUCCUAGAAUUGUACGAUUUGGCAGCUGGUAGCUAGAGUUUUGGUUGAGAUCCAUUAACAGAUUUUGCUGUCUAGUUUUCUGUAUUUUGGCCUGUUAUGUUUGUUAGUUCAUGAAAUCAGAUGUAGUCAGUUUGAGCUGUUUCUUGUAUAGAAAGGAAAAUUCAGUGUCUUAUGUUAAGUUCAUCUUCCGCCAUAACUUGGACUACUUCAUACCUUGUAUACAUGAGAAAUACUCUCGUGUAGGCAAUAAAAUGCAGUUUAUUGAUUAUUAUUACUGCAGGGCCUGCAAGACAGAGCUGUUCCACCAGGCCUUUGGCCAAGGCACAGUCUGACCCACCCCCCUCUGUAAUCUUCAUAGAACUCUAACCCGAUGGUUGCCAUUAAUUUGAUUCUGAAUUGAUUCUAGAAUGUAUUUUAAUUAAUUGACUGCGAUUUUAUGUACACUGUGCUAUUUUUACCUGUUGUUAGCCGCUCUUUGGCUGGGGAGGGCGGGAUACAAAUAAAAAUUUAUUAUUAUUAUUAUUACAUAUGAAGCUGUUCUAUUAUCACACCAUUGGUCCAUUUAGUCCAAGAUUGUCUAUUUUGAAUGUCAGCAGCUCUUUGGGAUCUUGGACGGAGGUCUCUUCCAUCACCUAUUUAUUACCUGAUCUUUUCAGUGAAGAUUUGGGAUUUGAACCUCAGACCUUCUUGAUGCAAAGCAUUUGCUCUAGCACUCCGCAUGCUUGUAGAUAACUGUAUGUGGUAAACAACACAUAGGGUUAUGCAUUGCUUCCUUUCCUAUACAGAAAUUUGAUGUGCACAUCCUUUAAGCUCUGGAAGCUAUGUUUAAGCCAAUUUAAGGGUUGCUUUCCCCACAUUUCUGCUGUGGAUCUUUUUUAUCUUUUGGCACACCUUUCCUGCAUGCUUUCAAACAUGCAGUGUGAACCUCUGGAACUCAUGAUUGAGUAGGGCUCCUAAUAGCGUAUUUAUAGUGUAUUCGCUGACAUGUGAAUGUCCGUACAGAAAGGACACUGAAUUGUGGAAACAGGGAAAUAGAUCUCUCUUUUAACUUGUGAGGGAGACUGAAUUAUUGGUGUUGGGACACAACAUAUAUUGUGUUUAACUUCUUCAGUAAACUGAACAUUGUGAAUGACCAGUCUUUGUAUUCAGUUGCACCUUUCAUCAUCUUAUGCUGUCACAUGAAUGUGCUGUGUUCCCAGUGAGCAGUGAGACUCAACUGCUUGUUUGGUGAAUAGGUGUGACUGAACCCCAAAGGGGAGAAAUGCCAUGUGACAAGGACAUGCUCAAAAUCCAUGUGUUCUUAUCUGGGGUGAGGGAUUGCUGUGGUGCUGAGCAUAGCAUUCUGAUGCCUAUAUAGUGUCCUUUUUGUUCUUUCAGGGAAAAUAAGAUACAUCAAACAAACUGUAACAGAAAUGCUUAAAGAAGCUGGAUAGUUACACUUCUGUAACUAUUCUGUAACUAAAACAGCCUUCCUAUUAAUGCUCAGUAUUGAAUAGUAUUUCAAGAAAGCAUUUUGGCUUCCUUCAUGGCAUUUCGAAACAAAAGUAACUUACACUUACUCAGCCACAAAUGAACAAUUGCAGAACUUCCUCCGAGAAAGUCUCAGAUAAAUCAAAUAAGUAUUUAUUUAUCCUAAUGGUUAAGUUCAGACAUAAUGGCAAACCAUGGUGUAGAAGCCUAGGCUAAAUAGACUUUUAUGUUCUCUAUCUGGUGUUCUGCAGUUUCCCCUUCCUGGUUUGCUAUUAGGUUCAUGAUGGCAAAUGGUGGUUUGCUGUGAACCAAGAGUGGAGAGAAUCGUAUCAUGUGAGGGUAGGAGAAAGUAUGAGAGGCCAGUGCUCAUUCCAGGCUGUUUUUCAUAACGCCAAUAGGUUGUUGGAAUGGUACUAAGGAGAUCUGACUUCAGAUCUCGCUUAGCCAUGUAGCUCACUAGAUGUUCAUUGUCUAAUCCCUACCUUUCACACAGGUGUACAUCACAAGUGACAUCAGGUGUGGGGCAGGUUUGGGGAAAUUAACAUGUGGGCAAAACUGAGACCCGGGCUGGGCCAAAUUUGACCCCCUGGCCAGAAUUUCCCCACCCCUGAUAAAAAUAAUGCGAGAGGGUAGAAAUGUGAACCAAAAUGAAGACAUGUUAAAUGUAAAUAUGAUGUUUAACAUUCCACCAUAUUGAAAUUUAUAUUUGAUGAAUAUGCAAAGCAAAUAUAUAUAUCAAGCAAAAUGUGUGUGUGUGUGUGUGUGUGUGUGUGUGUGUGUCCAAGAUGGAAGAGGAAAUAAAACAUGGAAAUUUUAGUUUUCCCAUUGUACAUACAAUCAGCUUUAGUGUAUCUCCUUUCUGACACCAUAGUAUAAAAUAGAGAGGUGGCAAGUCCUCUUUUAACGGGCUUAUGUACUUUCUUAUAAGGUGCUAUAAGGCAGCUUUUCGGAAAGACUUUAUGGAUGUUACAUCAUUCUAGCUAAGAAUAGAUGUUGUGAUGUGUAAAAUGGCUUACUUGCACCCCAAAUAGACAUGAUAGACAAAAAUUGUUUUCAUGGAGGUUGCAAUAGGCUACAUUAUAUCUUAAUUUUUAAAUAAUGAGAGCAUUCUGUCAUGAGUUGCAGAUAUUAAAAAUUAAGGACAUUGAUCUGUUGCCUACAGUGUAAAGAGGAAUAUUCCUUUACAGAAAUGGGCAUUUCUGCAGUCUACAAAUUUGAAAGUAAAUGCACAUCAUAAAUCUAGAUUUCUGUAUGUUCCUGCUUCUUGCAAAUAGAAUGUUUUCAAUAACCAUUUCCCCUCUUCCUGCAUUGUGAAAUGGUGGCAGCAUAUCAGCAAGGAAUUGCAUUGGUAUUCUAGAAGCAUUGCCAAACCAGACAGCUCUGCAGCACACUGGUCUAUUUUUAGACUUUAGGUUGCCAUUUUUAUCCUGUAAAAAUAUUCAUCAGUGUCUGGGUGACAGGCCAUCAGUUUUUGUAAAUGUGGUAGAGACCACAUUUCCCCUUCUACCUAUCUUCUCUGUUUUAUGCUUUGCAGUGUGUAGUUUGGAGUAGGGGGAGGUGGUUACUUUGGAUUUCAAUUCAUGCAUUAAACUCCUCAGUUCACAGAUCUUUAACGUCAUGCACUUCAUUCAUCUUUUUCUAUACGCAGCUGCUUACGCAUCUCUGCUUAUUGUCUAUUAUGGCUGAACUGUUAUAGUGCACAAAAGUAAGCGCGCUGGGGGGGGGGGGAAUUAAUGGAUUUAGAUGCCUUUCUAUAAUUUCCAAUCUAGUCUCUCUCCUGACAUUCUUCAACUGCAGCCACAAAGCACUAAAUUUAAAACCACAAUGGUACUGUGGGUAAGGUAUUCUCUUUUUCUCAGAGCAAAUACAGUAGUAUGGGGAGAUUCUCCUGAAAUCAAUAUGGGUUGGUGGGUUGUAUUACAUUGGUUGUGCUUCAGCAAUGAGUCCCAAGUUCCAGUUCCUGUUUGGGAAUGAAAAUUCUCAGUAGCCUUGAGCAAGUCAUGCCCUCAUUUUUUAAGUUGUUACAAUCUUAUUGACCUAAUACACAAGUUGAUUGUGCAGUUUAAUGUAUACUUAGCAUGCAGAAAGAUGUUUUCAGAGUGAUUGAUAACAAUCCUCAGGGUAUCCUUUGAGGAGAUCUGCAACCAACAAAGGCAAGGUAGUCAAGACACACCUGAUGCUUGUUUUGUGGUUUCUGUCCCUUCUCUGACAAAGGGCAGACUAAAAGUUAUGUAGCAUGUAAUGUAGCUUGUAGAGCAAUAGAUCAGUCUUCAUUUUUCCUCAAAAACUGUACAAACAGAUGUACAUCGAAAUGUAUAGGUAGGUUGAUUGAACCCCAACUCUAAGAACAGGGGGCAGUAAUUUAUAGAAAUGUAUUUUAAUCACUUGCUGGAUAAAUGUAACUUAAUAAAUGAACAUAAUUGAGAGAUGAGGUGACUUGCAUUUUUAUAGGCUUGUUACCUUGGCACACUGGAGUUUUACAAUGGCCGGUCGUAGAUACUGUGUCAGAAAUUCUCAAAUCUAGUCAUGUUGCAUGUUAAAUAUAACCCUAACCCCAUUUGUAUAGUACUAAAGAACCUCCUUAAUACUUGUGUGUUCGUACUCAUCUCAUCAUUUUGCAUUUCUGCAGUAUAUUGUGACACGCAGAUAGAAAGACAAUGCAACACUUGGGUACUGAACAAAGAAUUGUAAUAGUUGUAAUACUUGGGAGUUGAACAUGGGUACGGGCAGUUGUAAUUACCGUAUUUUUCGCUCUAUAAGACGCACCAGACCACAAGAUGCGCCUAGUUUUUGGAGGAGGAAAACAAGAAAAAAAAAUUCUGAAUCUCAGAAGCCAGAACAGCAAGAGGGAUCGCUGAGCAGUGAAAGCAGCAAAUCCCUCUUGCUGUUCUGGCUUCUGGGAUAGCUGCGCAGCCUGCAUUCGCUCCAUAAGACGCACACACAUUUCCCCUUACUUUUUAGGAGGGAAAAAGUGAGCAAAAAAUACGGUAACUGGUGAACACAGUCAAAUUCAAAGACUUAGUUCUGAAUGUUUUUAAAAAAAAUCUAUUUACUUCCUAUGAAAAACUAAAAAAGAAUCUAUUUAACUUCCUUUUGUUCAUAUUUUGCCUUCGUGACAUGGAAUCUCCAAAUAAAAUGUUUCCUGGCUCAUGCCAGAGUGAUGCAGUAGCAAAAACAAACAAACAAACAAAACCAACUAAUGCUAGUUUAGGCCACAUCAACAGAAGUAUAGUGUCCAGAUCAAGGGAUAUAAUAGUACUGCUCUAUUCUGUCAAACUCCCCCUAAAGUACUGCUUUCAGUUCCUGGGAACCACAGUUAAGAAAGAUAUUGACAAGCUGUAACGUGUGCAGAGGAGGUCAACCAAGAUGAUCAAGGGUCUGGAAAACAAGCCAUAAUGCGAAUGGUUGAGGGAGUUGGGUAUGUUUAGCCAGGAGAAGAGAAGACUGAGAGGAGAUAUAAUAGCCAAAUAUAUAAAGGGCUAUCACAUGGAAGAUGAAGUAAGCUUGUGUUCUCCUGCUCUGGAGGGUGGGACUCAAACCAACGGCUUCAAGUUACAGUGGUACCUCUGGUUAAGAACUUAAUUCCUUCUGGAGGUCCAUUCUAAACCUGAAACUGUUCUUAACCUGAAGCACCACUUUAGCUAAUGGGGCCUCCUGCUGCUGCCGCCACAUGAUUUCUGUUCUCAUCCUGAAGCAAAGUUCUUUAGAAAGUACUAUUUCUGGGUUAGCGGAGUCUGUAACCUGAAGCGUCUGUAACCCUUGGUACCACUGUACAAGAAAGGAGAUUCCAACUAAACAUCCGUAAGAAUUUUCUGACAGUAAGAGCUUUUCAACAGUGGACCAGACUCCCUCGGAAGGUGGUGGACUCUUCUUCCUUGGAGGUUUUUAAGCAGAGGUUGGAUGACUAUCUGUCAUGGAUGCUUUAGUUGAGAUUCCUGCAUUGUAGGGGGAUUAGAUGACCUUUGUGUCCCUUCCAAUUCUACAAUUCUCUGAUCUUUCACCAAGGGACGAGUGUACAUAAGAACCUCAGAGAAGCUCAGCUGGUUCAAAUUAAAGGCCAAUCUCAUUCAGCAUCCUUUUUACCCUUUGGCCAAUCAGGUGCCUGUGGAAAGCCUGUAAGCAGGACAUGAAGAUUACAGCAUUAGCCCUCACUUUUUCUCCAGCAACUGUCUUCAGAAGUAUACUGCCUCAAAUAAUUGAGGUAGUAGCUGUAGAUGACCAGUAGCCAUGGAUCCAUGAAUAUGUUUAAACCCCUUUUAGAGCCCUCCAAGUUGGUGGUCAUCACCUCAUCUUGUGGUGGCAAAUUCCACUCCUUAACACUGCUUUCUUAUUCUUUCCAUAAUUGACUCCCUUGGGAGGCUGUGGACUCUCCUUCAUUAGAGGUUUUUAAGCAGAAGUUGGAUGGCCAUCUGCCAUGGAUGCUCUGGUUGAGAUUCUUUCAUUGCAGGGGAUUGGAUUAGAUGACCCUCAGGAUCUCUUCCAACUCUACGACUCUAACCCACAGCACUCCAACAUGAUUGUACAUAUUCUAUCACUGUUCAUUUUUUAAAAAAACAGUGUGCUCCGAAUCUGAAGAAAAGUGAGCAUAAGGGUUCUCUUGCAAAGUUUCUCAUGCCAAGAGUCCCCUUUCAUUAUAGUUCCCAGUGCCCCAGCCCACACUAUUCUAGACAGUUCCUGAACCUUCAGUGGCUUGCCACAAGUUCUGACUUCCACAUAUUAUCAUGCCUAUAAUCUAUCAUAUGAAAUGCACUGUGGAUGCCAAAGAGAAGUGAGAAUAUGCAAAAUCUGAACAUUUGUGGUUGCAAUUUGAGUGAGAAAUAGGAGGUUUAGAAGCACACAUUUGUCUCAUUUUCUGCACCAGAUUUUCCGUUCAGUAAAUGUAUUGUGUUGCUGCUGUCUUAUUAACUUGCAGAGUCUGCAUGCUUAUCUUCUUUGUUCUUGUUAAAAUAUGAGCUGGCAUGUGUUAGACUGCAUUAGCGUUCACUUCUAGGGACUUCAGUGCCUUCUAAAUUUGGCAUUGCUAAGCUGGUGCCCUGUUUGCUUGAAUCAAUUGGGGUAGCUAUUUUUAGCAACAAAGGGGAAUUGAAAUAGCAAUUUUCUUUCCAUGCAAUAGAUCCCAAGAGGAAUACUGAUGCAAGCUCUCUGUCAUUGCAUAUACUCGCCCCUCCUCAAAAACCCUCAGACAAAAGGCAGCUGUCACAGUUUGCGGCAGUAUUAAUCUUUAAUCAAUUGAGUGUUUUCUGCAUUCAGGUGUUCUGAGGGGAAAACGGGUCAUGAGGAGAACCUGUCUGGAAUAACUAAGCAUUCUCUUUGGUGGGUAACAGCAGGGAAUAGGCAGAGCAGCUAAAAAUAGUAUUUGCUUCAAGUGUUCCUCCAGUCUAUUUUUGAUACUUGAUUUUGAUAAGGUUGAUUGGGCUCUUACUAAAAAUAAGUUUCUUCCAGGCUAGCAACACAUGCACACACACACAUAGUAAAAUGUUUUUAACUAACACAAACUAAAAUUCUUUAGUGGGCUGCAGAUAAUCUUGGAAGAAAGUGUUGGUCAGACGCCAGUGUUUAUAUAAGCUCUAUUAAAUGAGGCAUUAUUUGAUGCCAACCAGGACUUGUCUCUAUUCUUUCCAGUUUUCGUUGUGUUGAAGGGCUAGUAUGACUUGUUUGCCUUUCACAAGCUUCUUGUAAUGUAGUGGAAAUAGCAGCGGGUCCCCCCCCUUUUACAUAAUUCACACCUAUUCAGUGUUACCAUUUUCUGUUACAUGCCUUGAUUUGGAAGACUGUUUUGUUAACUCCUGCUAAAAGCUGCAUUUAAUAUAGAUUCUCAUUAAGUAAUAUUGGAAUAUUACUUGCAGCUACUUAUAACUGAGAAGAGAAAUGCUGAUUUCCCACAUUUGCAACAUAAUCUGUUAGUUAUCUAUUUAUUAGCAGUUAUUUCACAAGAAAGUGAGUGGAAGUAUUGUUGAAAUUUUGAUUACAUGUAAAACCAUGUGACUUCUGCAAGACUACGGCUAUUCUUCCAAUACUAGAUUUAUCAACUUUUCCAGAAAUCUUGCCCUGCAUUUUUCUUCACAUAUUAUAAGAGUUCACCCUCUUAAUCCCAAAAUGAAACGUCACUUAGAGUUUUCUGUCUACUUCUCCAUCUGGGGAAUAGAGGGCAGGGUGUGGAUUCAAAUAUAUAGCUGGAACAGCCUCUCCCUGAAUAAAGCAGCACUGAUAAUUUUCAUGAAAGCGGUUUGCCCAAGACUACUCUGCAGUCUUCAUGUUUGAGUGGUGACAUAGCUGAAUUGCUUCUAUCAAAUACUGUCUUAUUUAUUCUUACAUCACUCUCCUUUGUGCUGUUUUCUUCCUGUUCAAUACUAUAAAAAUACUAAUUUAUUCACAGUAGUCUUGAAUCCUAAUCCGAAGGAGGCAAGCAUUAUUUUUCAGAUGAAGAAAUGCUGAAUCAGUAUAAUGCUUGGAUUGAAGGAGCGAUUUGGAGGUGCCAUUACAACAUAACAAGUAAAAUUAAUGUUGUGUGUUGUAAAGCUUUCAUUAAUUGUUCAUAAGACAUACAUGCUAAAUUGGAUUUGAAUUGAUAGGCAACAUUAAAAAAAAAUCCUAAGUCAACUUUUCCAGAAAACUUAUAUCACUUCUAGAAGACGAAGAAUUUAUGGCAUUAUGACAUAAGCUUUGGAAACACACUAACAUCUCUGUUCUUCCGCCUUUCAUGUUUUAUAGUUAUCACGGGAGCUACUGAUGGAAUUGGAAAGGCAUAUGCAGAAGAGGUAAGUUGUGAUUCAUGUAACAUAUUGUACCUUUGUGCAUUUUGACAUGCAUACAACAAAUUGGAGUCUGUAUCCUGUGCUGUAUGUAUGUCAUGUUCUUGUUUUGCCUGAAUGAUAAGGCAAAUUGUUGUUUAACAGGGAUAAUGUGGCAAAGUAUAACCUGCAUGGAAACACUGUUUUGUAACAGAGCUAACUUAGCAUGGCAGUCUAACAAUCUAAAUGAAUUCUGAGAUGGCUCUGGUGCAUGUUACAGUAUCCGUUAUUCUGGCCAGAUGUGUAUUAUAGUUCAUUACAGUGCUAUUCUUCUAUAAAACAAAAGGUGCCACAACUCACUAUGAACUCCUCCCUUGUUCUCUUAUAAUGACAAGGGUGCUCACCUGAGAGGUACCAGAACUGAGUUCUGGUGAAUUCUGGCUGAAAAAAGCCCUGAUUAUAUAUAAUGUGCAUUAUAGUUUGCUCUACGAAGACUCCUGCCUUGUUGUCUGGCUAUCAUAUGAAAACAGUGGAUGCUUGGGUUGCGAACAUGAUCCGUGUGGGAUGCACGUUCGCAACCCGCGUCUGUGCACGCGUGGGUUGCGAUUCGGUGCUUAUGCGCAAAGCGCAAUUUAGCGCUUCUGCGCAUGCACGACCACCGAAACCCGGAAGUAACCCGUUCCAGUACUUCUGGGUUUUGGCGGUCCAUAACCUGAAAAAACGCAACCUGAAGCACUUGUAACCCGAGGUAUGACUGUGUAUGAUUCCACCCAUAUUUGCAAGACGAGCAUAUUGCAUAAAGCGAAAGAAAAAAAGAACUUUGAUCCUUAAAACAUGACCCAUUAACAGUUUGACAUCCUUUCCAAUGUCUUCAUUUGUGCUAGGCACAGUGUCUGCUUACACAUAGUACUUUGGAUUCAGUGUUAAGGUUUGGCAGCCAAGUCAGGUAAUAUUUGUACCUCUGGAUACCUAAAACCUCAUCUGAGGAUUAAUGCCUGUGUUUACACUAGGAGUGGAGAACUCCUGGCCCAAUGGCCACAUUUGACUAAGCACUGGUCCCAGUUUGGCCCCCAAGGCCGAUCUGAUAUAUGUGAUGUCAGAUGUGGGGCAGGUAGAGAUGCAGAAGGAACUGCUGCACCACCAGGUUCCCUGUGGAACUCAUGUUGGAGUUCCCUAAUCCCAGCAGAAAGUAGGCUUGAAGUCACUAUCAACUGAUAGGUAGUAACUUCAAGCCUGCUGAUCAGCAGCAAUUUGAAGCACUAAGGAGGGUUCUUUGUAAAAAGUUCUAACAGUUGACACCUGAUGUCACUGUGACAUCAGGUGGGUUGGUAGAUGGGUGGCCCUUCCAACCUGACCAGUUUGGUCCUUGUGAGAUAAGGAUUUGCUCCAUUGGCCAGUUCAGUUUCCCUAUCCUGGCUCACACAUUCACAAGUGAUCUGGUUAGAUCAGUGGAUUGGUGUCUUUGAAGAGAUCUAGCUCAGUGUCCAUCUUAAUUAUGAAUCUUUGCUCAGUUACCAUAGAUUACUAAUUUCCUACUCUUUAUGUCAAAUCUAUAUUUGUAAUUCCUUUUUUCUGUUAUUUGUUAAUCCAAUUUGAGCCAAAUACUUCCUCCUGAUGGAGAAGAGAUAUCUUUAGAUUUAAUUCUGUAAUUGAAUUUCUUGUAUAAAUAGUGGUGUUGAUCAAUAAAAUGCUACCAUAGAGUUGUAACUGGCACUCUUAGACUUUUGCCCUUAUUUUUUUCAGUUAGCAAGGCGUGGAAUGAAGGUGGUUCUUAUCAGCAGAUCUCAGGAAAAAUUGGAUCAGGUUGCCAAGGAAAUAAGUAAGUAGUUUUCUGGUCUUUUCUCAACUAAAUUAUUGACAGCUAAAACAAGGGAUGAUGGGAUUCAACCAAUGAGCCUCAUCAGCAGAAGUCCUAUUCAUGGCUUCCCUGCCUUUCAUCUGCCCCUCCAGAUGUUGCUGAACUCAACUAUUAUGGUCAAUGGGAUUAUGGGAGUUAAAGGUUAAGCAACUUUUGAAAGCUAGGAGGUUAGUCAGCAUUUACAUCGGGUGGAUCCAGUAGACAUCGUGCAAGCACAAGCUUCCAAAAAGCCUUUUCACAGCUCAGGUCCUCUUAUGAAGUAAAAACUGGUUAAAGCAGAGAGUAGAUAUAAAUUGACAGUUCUCCCAGUGGAGUUAUAUAAUGCAGGGUUGGCAGUUCUGGACACCACACCUCAAAAAUUAUAUUGUGGAGCUGGAAAAAAUGUAGAAAGGGGCAACAAUAGGGGGCUGGAGCAAUUCCCCUAUGAAGAAAGGCUUCAGCGUUUUAAUUGAAAGAAAGAGCACAUGAUAGAGGUGAAUAAGACUCAUUGAAAAUAUAGUUUUGCAUUUAAAGCUGCCCAUUUGUGGAUGGACCUUAGAACCAGUAGAAGGUCCUACUGGAAAAUUUAAGAAUUGAACAGUAUUGCACCUGUAUAUAUUUUUCAUCAGUUUUCGCGUGUACAUGUCACAAGUGCUCUGCUUUUGUUCCUUCUCCAUAAAUAAGCUAAAACCUAAAAGCACAGUAAAAAUACCAUGUAAUCAUCAUUGUAAGUAGCUGAGAAUGAAUAUAAGUUACGGUCUCCCCUAGAAUGUAGUUGGCAGGAGACCAGUGCCAGAAAUAAGGUGGUAGAAAAUAUUAGCUAGUUUAUGGCAGGUUAAGUUUAUUUCCAAAAUUAUAUUCAAAACAUACUUGACACACCACCAGGAAACACUUUUACUCUGCAGGAAUAAUCAGUUUGCCAGCUUUAAUAAAACAGCAGUUAAAUAAAGGUUGAAUAGCAGUGUUAAAACGAUCAAAUACUCAAAUCACACAUACUGUUAUAUAUACUAUGAUCAACACGUUUUCUAGAACUACCAAGAACCUGGGUGCUUGGAAUCCCCCCCUCCCCGAUUUGUAACCAUUCUAAAUUUAAAAAAAAUACCCAAGCAGUGUACAAAAUACAAUAGAAAACAUAAUUCAAACCAUAAAACAAAGUUAAAAACAUAAAUUGACAAGAAUUAAAAGCUUCUGAAAUAGAAUAAACUAAUUAGCAUGUUGUUGAGUUUGGAAGUAGUUGUUGAUUUCUUUGUAAAAACAAAAAAACGAAAACGAUAUUGGAAGAUGGUGUUCCCAGCACCUGGCAUUCAGAGGCAUACUAUGUCUGACAGUAGGAGGAGAACAUAGCCAGUCUGGCUACUAGCUAUUGAUAGCCUUAGCCUUCAUGAAUUUGUCUACUUUCUUUUUAACCAUCCAAGUUGGUGAUCAUCAUUAUUUCUUGUGGGAGUGAAUUCCAGAAUUUAACUUAUGUGUUGCGUGAAGAACAGCUUUUCUUUUGUCUGUUUUGAAUCUUCCAGUAUUUGUUUUCUUUGGAUGUCCAGAAAUUCCCACAUCUUAUCCUACAGCUAUUAAGGGAAGACCGGCUUGAAUUCUCUGUGAUAAUAUAUUAUGUGUAUAAUAUAUAUUUAUAAUAGGAAAUGGGGGACCCACGCUUGAUAAUUCUAGGCAGAAGGUGAAAAGGGAUGCAUUCACAUCAAAUUCAUAUCACGAGAGCUUUUUGAAAUAGAGCGGGGAAAGUUGUUAAAGAGCUUAAGUAUUUUUGUACUGUGUAUUUUGGGUCUAUGGACCGCACUCAAGCUGUGUGUGUGUGUUUCAAAUAUAUAAGCAUUAAUAUCUAUGAGCUGGCCAACCUUUAAAAACAACAACCCAGAAUAAGAGUUUUACAAUUCUGGAAUACUAUAAACAGGUUUGGGGAUGGAGAACUCUGUUUUACAAGCAGCAGUGUCUACAUUUAUGAAAGAUCUGAAACCAUCAUUGUGGCCUAUUGAUGCUGGAAAGCUUUGUAGCCACCCUUUCCCCCUGCGGUGUACUAUUUCCAUGGUGAGAGGUGGUGGCUGAAAUAGAGAAAGGCCCUGCUGGCAGAUUUUUUUAAACAAAAAAAUCUACUCUGAGUAGAUUAGUAUUUUAUUUCAUGUCAAAAUUGUAUAAAUUUGGGUUCAGGAAGAAAUUUUCUGUCAUGUUUGCAAGUGAUAGAAUAGAAGUAGGAGAUGUCUUGUAGUUCGUGCUUUUCCUAAAUUGUGUGAACCAUCAAGAGUAUGCAAUUUCUUGAAAAAUAUGAUGAGACCUCACACUUUAUUGAUACAUACCCCAUAUCUUGUUUAAGUCUUAACAACAGUAGAAACUAAUAAAACAAUGAAAUCAAGUAACAAAACAGAUUUGAGAUGAUGAUCAGAACAGAAUCAGACAAAAUAUUACAAAACAACAUUAGUAUAAUUAUAGUGGUGGUAACAAAUCUGUUUAAUGUGGUAUUACUUAAGAGUUCAACAUGUUUACUAAAGGGAACUUAGUUUGCAUUGGGUCUGUCAUUGUUGUAGUAAAUAUAUCCCCUAAGUCUUAUUAAGUGCUAGUAAAUGGGUGCACAUUUAUUCAUACCAUAGUUUGAAUUUUUAUUAUAAAAAGAGCUUGUCUAGCUACUAAUGGACAUUUUCAACAACUGUUGCUAUAAGUAAUGAUUUUAAAAUGCAGUGUUCGAAUAAAGUAUCUAGGUUUAAAACUGAGUUUAGCAAUCCACUAGAUUGUAUAUAUGGUGCAAUCUGUGCAGGAACCUCUGGGCAGGUGUUUGCCUUUCAACAAGGCUAAAAAUAGCAUUCAUUACCAUAAGCAUGAGGAACACACUCAGACAUGAGCAGCAUCGCGAUAACCUUGUGGGAGAACUUGGAAAUGAACACAGUAUUUUUCUUUCCAGUGCCAAAUCAUUCAAACUGGUGUAAACUACUUGAAUGAAAUUAAUUUUCCCACCUGUCAAAAUCAAGGUUUUUGCCAUGUUUUCAGUGGAUUGAAGGGGGGGUGAUUCCUUCUCUCUGCUUACCCCAUUCCAUGUCUGUAGAACUGAAGCAGUUGUAUCCUGUCAGGUAUGAUAAAACAGCAUAAUGCAUAUGUGGUGCUAUUGAGUUUUUAAAGAGUUGCUAGUCUAGGAGUAUAUUUGCUGGAGUGGGUGUUGGAUUGGACAGAGGCGUACCUACGCUUAGGCCUCUCAACUUUCCACUGGCUCUUGCCCACAGAGUGACACCUUUGUCACAUGACUGGUGGAGCUCCCUGCUCCAGCUACUGAGUGGAUGGUGCUGUGGUCUAAACCACUGAACGUCUUGGGCGUGCUGAUAGGAAGGUCGGCGGUUCAAAUCCCCAUGACGGAGUGAGUUCCAUUGCUCUGUCCCAGCUUUUGCCAACCUAGCAAUUCAAAAGCACACCAGUGCAAGUAGAUAAAUAGGAAUAUGUUAAAUCCUGAGCAGGCCCAAUGUCCAUUGUGUAGCUCCUUUGGGCUGAUCAUCCCAGUAAAUGAUAUGAAAUAUUUGUUUCUCUCACUCAACUUGGCAACUUUCUUCACUGCAGUACAUGUGGGAUUUUUUAACCAAGCCAUUGAUAAAUUGUGCAUUCAUGGCAGAAACAGCUAUGUAGCAGUGCAUAUUAAUGUUACUCUUUUUCUAAAUCCUGGAUUAUUUCUAAAUCUUCGGUUAUUACUUUUGCUAGCAGUAAAAACCUCAAGUAUUUCAUAACAAAGAAAGGAGAAUGGGUAGUGUCCAUUGAUAUAUUUAUCUGCAAAUACCCUGACCGCAAGAUUUCAAACAUGAAUGUGUAGUGAUAGAGCAGAUGUUGCUAAAAAUAGCAAGCCUCCACCUCCCUUCACAGAGAUGUUGAACUUGAUUUUCUUCUGACGUGAUCACAAGACCACUGCUGCAGUAGGGACUUAAUGCUAUUUACGUCGUUAUUUUGCAUAGCAGCAUAUCCCUGGGGAUUUAUAAACAAUGCAGCUGUUCUGAAAGAUGAAGUAGGAAGCAAACAGUUGCAUCUGCCAUUAGGGAUAUUAGGAGGGGGAGGGGGAAGCAAGCAAUGGAAUACAAUUAGGCUCACAAGUCUGCAUGAAUGCAUAAGCAAUUGUUUUUCUCGGGAAAAACCUAGGAAUGACUUUGUCCUUUAAACUCACAACUAUUUUUAUGAAUUACUUGAAGUAUUUUACCUUACCAGUGUCUGUUAAAACAAUCACUUAGAAUGAAGUAAUGUGUAGGGUUAUUGCAUCUUUUAUGAUUUUAUAAUACUAUGAAUUCCAUUCAACAGUUUGCAUAACUGAUCUACCACUGCCCCCAUGUGCCUCUAAAAAAACCCCUUUGGAGUUGAGUGGUGGGGGAAAUUGGAGGGGGAAAGACCAUGGAGGCACUGGAGGCAAGAACAGUGAGUUUGUUGGGAGAGAGAGUGGACAAGAAGAGUGCAUAGUGAUUAAAGGGGUGUUGCAUGGUCUGUACAAUGAGAGAGGUGGGUUAUUUUAUCAGCAGAGGUCUGGAUCAAGGUGAAAAGACUGAAGUGAAAAUGAUAGAGAAUAAGCUUGCGGUCAAAUCGGAUGAUUUCUAGAGCAUGCAUCAUUUGACAAAGGCCACAUGCUGACAACUUAGUAAGCCAUAAACCAGGGCUUACCAUAAAAGAGCAACUUGUUAGUGCACACUGCUGAAUUGCUCCGGCUGCACUUUCCCCCUAGCAUCUGUGGGAGCAAUAAACUACAAUCCUUUGUUAAAAAAGAACUAGCACUCACAACUUUUUUUUAAAAAUAAUAUUUAUUGCUUUUAAACCUUACAAAAAGAAGAAAAGAAAAGAAAAAAGAAAAGAAGAAAAGCAAAAGAGAAAACAAUACAAUACAUUAUAUAAACAAUACAGAACGCAACAUUAACAUUAACACAUUAAACAAAACAAAAGCAAAAACAAUUCAAAAAACACACAUCGUACCAUCUCAAUAUCCUCUCUUUCAUUCCCGUGUUUCAUCGACCUCCUCUCACCCCCUUUUUGUAUUCCAUUUCUAUUAAUUGUUUCAGCAAAUCCUUUCCAUCUUUCUCUAUUUUCUGUCAUGUAAUUAUCUUAACAUAUUUUAACCUUAUUUUCCAUUAAUACUAUAAUACUUAUUUAUACUUAAUUCCUUAAAAUAUUUCUACUAAAGCUGUAUAAUUCCUUUCCAACAUUUUUCUAACACUCAUUAAUUUUACAUUAUUUCCAUAUAUAGAUUUUAAACUUUUCCCAAUAUUCUUCCACCGUCUCUUCUCCCUGGUCUCGGGUUCUGCCAGUCAUUUCCGUCAAUUCCAUAUAGCCCAUCAACCUGUUGAUCUUCUGUCCGAGGCUCUUAACUCUUUUCCAGGUCCCUUCUGCAAGUCUUCUUCAUGUUUAUACAUGCACUUUACUUUGUCUUCUCCUGAUCUUGUUCUUAUUUUCCUUCCUUUGAUGCUGAAAAGUAGAUCUCCAGGAAAUUCCCAUCUAGCAAUGUUUUUAUUCCUUCUCGACAAGUCAGCCAAAUCUCCAUAGUUAGAACUGAAAUUCAAAAGAUAUUUCCAGUCGUGUUUCAAAGUUCCUCCAAGUCUGGCAGUCCCCACAACUCCAGUCUCCUCCUGACCCAAGUCCAGGUCCCAAAGGUCAAUAAACCCCUGCAUGAGGGGAUCUAUCCAACUUUCUUUCUCCAGUCCAAGCGGGGCUCCAAUCCUACAAGUCUGACUUUCUCUAAAUUCAGUCUUGGAAGGCAUCAACUUAUAAUCAUCAAGCGUAAUUACUGAAGAUAUAAAAAUAUCCAAAGGAACAAGACAAGGUUGUCCACUUUCGCCAUUGUUAUUCAUAACGGUUCUGGAAGUCUUCUUAAAUGCGAUUAGACAAAACAAACAAAUAAAAGGGGUGACAGUAGGGCAGAAUGAAUACAAAGUUAAAGCCUUCGCCGAUGAUUUGGUAAUGACCAUUGAAGAACCAAUAGAAAGUGUAAAAGAGGUAUCGGAGGAGAUGGAACAAUUUGGAAGGGUAGCCGGAUUUAGACUGAAUAAGAAUAAGACCAAAAUGAUUGUAAAAAAUAUGGAACAAAGUAAGAUUGAAAUAAUGCAGCAACAAACAGAGAUAGAGGUGGUGAAAAAGGUAAAAUAUUUGGGAAUUUGGUUAACGUCUAAAAAUAUUGCUUUAUAUCAAAAUAACUAUAUACCGGUUUGGAAGGGAAUAAAGAAUGACCUGGAGGUGUGGGGCAGAAUGAAAUUAUCUUUCUGGGGAAGAAUGUCUACGAUAAAGAUGAGCGUGCUGCCAAAGAUGUUGUUUUUAUUUCAGACUAUACCCAUUAUAAAGGGUAUAGGAAUCUUUAAAGAAUGGCAAAGAGUGAUUUCAAGGUAUAUCUGGCAGGGGAAGAAGCCAAGAAUAAAAUUUAAGUUAUUGACAGAUGUAAAAGAAAGAGGUGGCUUCGCCCUGCCAGAUUUGAAACUAUAUUAUGAAGCAGCUUGCCUGUGUUGGUUAAAAGAAUGGAUUAAACGAGAAAAUAAGGAGCUAUUAGACCUUGAAGGUUUUGAUAACAGAUUUGGUUGGCAUGCGUAUCUAUGGUGUGACAAGAAGAAAGUUCAUAAAGGAUUUGGAAGCCACAUUUUCAGGAGUUCUUUAAUAGAAAUAUGGGAUAGAUACAAAAAUAUAUUGGAACCAAAAAUCCCACAUUGGCUAUCUCCGUUAGAGGUUAUGAGUGUUAAGAAAAUUAAUAUGAGAGGUAAAUGGAGUACAUACGGAGAAUUAGUAAUUAAAGAAGGAGGAAAAUGGAAAUUGAAACCAUAUGAACAAGUUAAAGAUCAUGUAUAUGAUUGGUUGCAUUAUUUUCAAGUAAAUGAAAUGUUUAAAUAAGAUUUAAAAGAAAGAGGUUAUGUAGAAAAAGAUUCUAAAUUUCAAGUAGAUAUAAUAAACAAUGAUUGUAAAACUUUGUCGGAAAUGUACAAGAUAUUGUUGGAAUGGCAUAUGAAAGACGAAGAGGUUAAAUCGGUAAUGAUACAAUGGGCCAAAGAUUUUGGGUACAAUAUACAUUUUGAUGAGUGGGAAAAACUGUGGAAAGAGAAUAUAAAAUUUACUGCAUGUACGGCACUGAAAGAAAAUGUUAUGAAAAUGUUUUAUAGAUGGUACAUUACACCAGUAAAGUUAGCAAAGAUGUAUAAGACGUGCAACAAAUGUUGGAAAUGUAAAGAAAAGAUGGAACAUUCUUUCAUGUGUGGUGGGAAUGUAAGAAAGUGAAAAGCUUUUGGGAAAUGAUAUACAAUGAAAUGAAAAAGAUGUUAAGAUAUACUUUUGUAAAAAAACCGGAGGCUUUUCUUUUAGGGAUUUUAGGAAAAGAAAUAAGAAGAAAAGACUGUAAACUCUUUCAAUAUGCAGUAACGGCAGCCAGAAUAUUGUUGGCCCAGAAAUGGAAACAAGAGGAAAUACUGACGAUAGAGGAAUGGAGACUGAAACUGAUAGAUUACGCAGAACUGGACAAAUUAACUGGGAAAAUUAGAUAUACCAAAGACCAAAAGUUCAUCGAAGACUGGGGAAAGAUUGUAGAUUAUCUGAAAAAUGUAUGUGACGUGAACACAACGUUAGUGGGAUUUCAAGAGGCACUGUAAAAAUUGAUAAGUAUUGUUAAUAUGAAAUAGUGGGGGAAGUUUAAUGGCAAUACGAAAGAAGGGAAUGUGUAAUUAAAGAUAAAAUAUGGAUGAUUCUCAGAGACGCUGAAGGAAGUUCAAAAAGAGACAAUUUGUUGAAAUUUGGAAAAAAAUAUAUAAUUGUAUGGAAAACCAAUAUUUUUUUUUUUUUAACUUAUAAUCAUCAAAUUGCAACUGUAAGGCUGGGGCUCUCUCCCUCACCACUUGUGCCACUUUAGGUUCCACAGCAAAAACUUUCUCCCCCUCCUUCUCCUCAGUUUGCCAUGUCAAAAUAGAUCCCUGUAUCGAUUCCUGAAUAAUUUCUAUAUUAAUAUUGACUUUUUGUGCCAAAUUAGUCACUUUUUGUUCCAAGUUAUCAAUUUUUAUAGUCCUUGCAUCCGUCUUCUUAUAAAGCUGUUCCAGUGAAUCAUUAAUCUUACAAAAUGCAACCACCAAGGCUUCUUCUGUCAACAUUCUUAACGAUUCAAGGUCAAUCCCAGAUUCUCACAGUUUUAUCUUGCAGGUGGAAAAUUCCCCCAGCUCAGCUCUUGUAACAAUUUCAAAGGCUUCCUCUAGGGGGAAACAAUUUCUAUUUGUAUCAAUCCUUUUAAGCACAGUUCAAACAAUAAAGUUAGUUUCAAUUUUCAGUUACUUUUACUCCUUUUUAAACGCAGAAGGAGACAAUGGAAACAAUGUAUUUCUCUUCUUUAACUUACUGUCAGCAGACGAUCUAUUCACAGUCAAUGAGCAUAUCCGAAGCUUCAAUCUUACUAGCAGCCCGUUUCCAGGUUCAGAGCGGUGGUAAUUUGACUUUCUUCACUCUCUCCUGCAGGCUUACGCGAUCUUAAAUUUUCCCCCUCUUCUCCUGCUUCCAAGGGGGGUUUGAUGAUUUAACCGAUGGAAGUUUAAUCCUUUAUGAGAGACUUUCCAAGGCUUUAGCUUGCAGCCUCUUUGCUUCAAUCUAUUUACAAAAGGGGAAGGUGGACUUCCUGUUUGAAACCUCCCCGUUUCGGUGCCAAAUUAAGACGUUUAAAAAUCCAAUUUUCCGUUCCACUCACGGGUAGUUGUUUUAAGAUCAAAUUGUCCACAGGAAAAAGUCAGCGCUCUCCUGCAACAGCAAUGCGGCUUCACUCCGUGAAGGAAGCAGUUGAUUUGAAGCACCGCGCCACUCACCCCACGUCGCUCCGGAUCCCCGAAACCGGGUUUCCCCGCGAGUAGGGGAGGCGCAAAAGGUGCCAGCCGAAUCCCACGUCCACAAGCUUCUCCCGCCUGUGGUUUUUAGUGGGUCUCCGCCUUCGCCGUGGCGGCCAGACCCUGAUUUCCACGGAGCGGAUUCCUCCCGAUCAGAGGAAUUCUGCCAUUGCCGGAGGCGCUAAGCCGGAAGUCUUAGCACUCACAACUUUUUCUCUUCAAACGAACCAUGAUAUAGUGUGCUCUGGGCCACAUAUAUAUACUACAGGAAACUAGUAUGUUUGCAACAAAAACAUGAGGUGUGUAACACCUGAAAAACUAAAAUACAUACCCUACUGUUGUAUGAAGGUAAUACCAUAGUUUCUUCAAUGCCUAAAAAUGUUUCAGUGAGGAAUAACUCAGCUUCCAGAAUAGAGGAAACAAAGGGGGGGUGUCAGCAAUAAAACAAUGGUGGUACCAGAGAAUAUGGAGGAUACAGAGUGAGAGGAAUACUUAGAAGAAAAUAAGUUCAGUGAUGGAUUAUUUUGUGUUUGAGGCAAUAGUGAGCCAUCCAUCUGUCCAUGAAGAGGGGUUGAGUGGGGGAAAGUAUGGGAUAGAAGCAGAACUUGGUGACCUGUGUAUUAGUGGUACUGAAAGUCAAAGAAUUUGCUAGUCUUUCAGUGGCAGCCACAGAAAACACAGAAUCGUUGUCUUUUGUGGCCGCAACUGAGGCAGGGAGGAAAGCAGAUAAAACUUUUUUCUUGGUUAGAUGAUGGAUACAUGAAUGAAUAGUGACACAGGGAGGAAGAGAACCCGCUAAGCACAGUUUCUCAGUGGCCUACACCAUAAAGGAGAAGUUUAGAUUUUCGUCCCUUCAGUUUCAGAAUUGAUUCAGACUGUUCAGUUGAGACCCAAGAAAACAAGGCAAGAAUUACAUUCUACUUAUAAGAAUUGUGGACAGCUGUCUCAAUUUUGUACCAUUUUGCUCAGUCUACAAAAUGGAGAGAUUCAUUUAUCUCAUAGGGUGGUCUGACAAGUCUGUUUGUUUGUUUGUUUGUUUGUUUGGUUGGUUGGUUCUAAGUCUCUUUGGGUUGCCGUGGACAAGAUAAAGUUACUAACAAAUUUAAUUUCAUUGGGGUGUGAGGAGCCAGAGAAACUGAGCAGGUGGAGGAAAGAGUUGAAAUGGGUGGAGUGAUAGGAAAAGGAGGAAGCCCUUCGUUCAGACUUUGCUGAGGGGUGGGGGCUGGGAGAGAAAAAUGAUGGUCUUUCCCGUUUAUGACUUUGACUCAGUCUAUCGCCAGCAUGUAGCUCUUGACAGAUUACUUCCAAGGGAAUGCGGCCCUUAACAUUAAAAAAAAAUCCACCCCAUGCAUAAAGCUUUUCUAUGCGAUAUGUCUUAGGUCUUCAUAAGACUGCGGUUGUAUGGAAGAUUUGGCAUACGAUGCAGUAUGUCCUCCAAAUAAGGUUGCACCUUCUUGCAAGCAGUUUCUGUAAUCAACACUUAACAUUUUUGAUCCGUCCCAAGUUGAAAUGACUGCGAUAAGGUACUGCUUUCUGUAACAAUGUGUUGGAUCUCUCCUUACAUACACUUAAGUCCCUCAGAAUGCUUAAGCCAUGUUGUUUGGAGGAGCUUUGGAUUAUGUGAACAUACUUAAGAGUGACAUACUCUUAUCCCUGUCACUAACAAACACUAGGAAACUACUUUUAGUGUCCGAAGCAGCUGAAUAUUUUGCUCCCAUUGGACAGUGUUUUAAACACAAAUGACAAAUCUAUGCAGUAUAUUAUUCCUUCACAAGGAUGCUUAUGUUGGAACUUCGUUUGGACCAGUAUGUCAGAUGGAUCAUUUAAAAUUGGUCUUAAUGGCAAAAGACUGGUAGUUUCAUUCUGGUAAUAACAACUUUAAAUGCAUGCCAUGUGUUGAUGAUUAGUUUAUUUGACCCAUUAGGACUUAACAGAAGAGGUUUGCAUUGGGAUUUUAAAGUUUUCCAUGUUUGUUGUAAAAUAAUCCAUGCUUAUAUUUGUGUGUGUGCUUUAUUUCAGGAGAGCGGUUCAAGGUGGAAACGAAAACCAUUCCUGCUGACUUUGAAGAUCGUGAAUCUAUUUACAGAAACAUAAAAGCAGGCCUGGAAGGUCUCGAGAUUGGUGUCCUAGGUUUGUAUCUUACUCUUAUUUCCAUGUUAUUUGCUAUGUUCUUGGAAUCUUUGCUCCCAAGGAAAGUAGAUAAAAUUAUUCAGUUCAUAGCAACAAGUCAUUUUGGAAUAAACUUUGAAGCCUCUGUGCUUCAUAAAACAGUUGUUCAGAAGUGGAAGAAUUUGCACUGUUAUCAAGAGUAGCUUAUCCUACGAAAAAGGUCACCUCUUCUCUUAUGUCCUUCAUGCUUCAGACAUCUAUCUAGAUACCUUUGUAGUAGUUUUCUUGUAUUUUCCAGCAUGGUGAAGUUCAAGUAUUGAGGCUAAAGCAGCUUCAAAGCUUAACCUCUUCCAUUUUGCCCCUGCCUUCUACUGCAUGUGUGAUUGCUUAAAUAUGGCUAAUAAUAUAGAGUCUAGGCCCCAGACAUUUUUUCACCUCCUCAGUCAGAGAUUAGUAUUCUUGUUUAGUGGGUUAGAUGGUUCCUUUAGGAUUGAAGGACUUUCAUAGAAGUCUUUCUUAUUGUUCAGGCUCCUGCUUGUCUUGCACUCUUUAUUCUGAGCCAUAUUAAGGAAAUCUCUUCAGAUACAUUUGAAUUCCAGUAAUGUGUUGCAUCUCCUUUCUGACUAGAGUAUAUCAUAGAAUCAUAGAACUGGAAAGUGACACCGAGGAUCAUCUAGUCUAACCUCCUGCAGUGCAGGAAUCCCAUAUGGGGAUCGAACCUGUGACCUUGGUAUUAUCAGCACCACGCUCUAAAACCAACUGAGUUAUCUGGUGGUUGUAUGAGUGGUAGAAUAUAUGUAAAUCUGCAUCCACGUUUUCACUCAGUGUUAUAGGCUAGAUUUUUGCUUCUGGAAAUGAAGCAUUUUGCAGAGUAUGAUCAAAUAUAGGUGAUCCCAGAUUCAUAAGUUAUUAAUUUGUUGCAUUGGAGACUGCAACUGCAGAAAUGAUAUUACUGAGGAACAGCAAACUAGUUUAUAUUGUUCACCAACUGGAGGAAAGACUGGGAAAAAAUAAGUUGGUACUCCUCUUCCCUUGGGCAUUGAUUGAUCUGUUUCUGCCCUGCCACCACAAGGUCCCUGAAGUGAGAAGUGCCCUGCUUACAUUAGCUGAAAUCAAUUUCCAUAUCUUCCAUUCAUCUGUUUUGCUGAUUUGGCUACUUAAAUAUUUCAUCGUAAUAUGUUGGAAAGUUGCUAUGCCAUAUUGACUGGAGUUCUUAGACUUGGACUACUUCCAAGUCACUUCUUCUCAGCCCAGCCUAUGCCAUAGUGACAUUAAAUUGGGAUAAUGCCCUGCAUGUUGCUCUGAGAUCAUUAAAGAUUAACUUGCCCACCUACAGUGUGAGAACAUGCCAGGAGCAAAUGGCAACUGUUUGGGGGAUACUUUCAAUUCGGUAGGAUUAUCAGCUUAAACCAGGACUCACCAAGUGCAGGAUCUCCUCUUUGGGGAUGUGUAUUCAUAAGACUAUUUUUUCUGAGCGAUUCGUUGUAUUCAUACCAUGCAACUUUCUCCUGCAAUGCCCAAACUGGUCCCCCACUUGACUGCAUGGCAAAUGGAAGCCAUAGCAGACCAGUACAGAUUUCAGUUGCUCCACACAAAGUUAAGUGCAACGCCACUUGGAGUGGUCCUAUACCAUACUGUCAGACAGUAUAUGCAUAUUGAAUUUAGGAAUAAAGCACCAGUAAACGAAGCAAGAGAAGCUCACACUAGCAGUUAAAAUUAAUUUAGAUUUUCCCAAUUCUUUCUGCACUUUGGGAGAUGAUGGGAGGUUUUCCCUGAUACAUUGGAGUGUCUACUUUAGUGUAAGCAGUAAGUCUGAUAAUAAAACCUGGGGACACUAUAUUGUGCCUUUGAAAAAUUAGAUUUAAACAAUGCUCAGUAAAUUUCAUAUGCUGCCAAUUGAUUGGGGGUGGAAGGAGGGGUACAAUUUCACAGAUAUGAAGGGUAUGAAAACAGCUUUAUGGAAUGCUUUCAUUUGUUGAAUCUGUGUAUAAUGUACCUCGAAAUAGCACAGGAGCAAGCAAACCUAUUCAAAAAGCCAGUAAUUGUUGCUGAAAACAUAGAAUGCUUAAUGUAAUAAGAACGCUAUUAAUGAGGUUUCUCCUGCAUUAUUCUUUCACUCUACCUCUUCAUCUACCUCCCAAAAUUCUUUAUGAACGGUUUUCAAAGAACUAGUGUGGUGUGUUGGUUUAUACUGCCAUCUAAUGUACUGAUGAUGAUCUGACUUGGGACUGAUGUAAGAAUACUGUCCCUUUGCAGGUUACUUUCUUCCCAAAAUGACUCACUGUGUCAUAAAUACCUACUCUUCUGCAGUCAUUUCUAAUGAACAGAAUCACAGUGGAUGCUGUGAUACAGUUUAUGAUCAGAAACUUGGAAUGUUAAUUUCUGAUAAUGAAAUAAACUAUCGCUUGGUAUCCUUGCAAGUGUCGAGUGGAAAGUUUAUUGGCAUUGGACAUAAUGCACACAAAAAGGCAAAACAAAGAUAAAGGUAUUCUAUGAAGAAAACUUUGCAAAAUGGAGUAAAAAAAGUAGAGAUCAACUCUUCUGACAGCCUAUUAUUAUUAAUAUUUAAAUCUCUUACCCUCCAUCAUAAAAAUAUUCUAAAAAAUUGCACUCACAGGAGUAGGGUGGGUGCUGAAAAUAUUUAUCUUGAGUGCCAAAGAUGCAUCUUCAGCAUUCAGUGGGAACUAUAUAAUAACUAUAAAACAGAUGCAUCUCUGUGGGGAAUUCCACAACUUAGCCACACAGAAUUCCUUCCCUCUCCUGAGCCACCGCCAUCCUGAACCUCUGAGGGCACUGGAAUUACCAAGAAGGGCCCAUUUCCUGCUCAGCAUCCAAGAGAGCCUGUAGGGAAGGAGGUAGUCUUUGAGAUAUUUGGAACAUAAGUUGUUUAGGGGUUUUGAAUACUAAAAUGAGCACCUUGAAAUGGGUUCCAAAAUGUCUGGUAGUCAAUGCAGCUGAUCUAAAAUAGGGAUUAUAUGAGUUCUAAAUCGAACCCCAGCCAGUAAUCUGGCUGUUGCAUUUUGGACCAGUUGAAGUUUCUGAGUCCUCUUUAGCACCUGUCUUUCCAGGAUUCAAACACAGUUUAUUGGCCCUUAUCCAGUCCAUCACUGCAUCUAGACACCAAUUAAAAGCUUUCACAGCCCCUCCUGAUUCAGAUGUUAUGGAGAAGUAUGUCACCAGCAUACUGGAGUUGCCUUUAACAGAAUAAGUUAGGGGUCAGCAACCUAAGGCCCAUGGGCUGGAAGUGACCCACAGAAAUCGUUUGACCGGCCCCCGAGCCACCCCCCGAACCAAGCUACCUGCUUGCACACUGCGUUAAAACAGCGCUGCGCGGGGACUCAUUUUCAUGGCGCCGAAAAUCGCAUCUGCGCAGAUGCCAAAAAUUGCGGGCACUCACGCAAUCCGGCCCAUGGAGGGAUCUCAGUGGGACUGAUCCGGCCCAGGCAAGAUAAACCUUGCUGACCCCUGGAAUAAGUUAUGUUGCCUCUCCUUUGCCAUUGUUCAGUGAUCUUCUGUGUCCACAUUGUUGAUAUUGUAAGAAACUCAGAUGAAUUUAUAAUCUGAAGUAUCAAGAAUUUUCCCACCAGGAACUGAGAGUCUAGGCAUCAAGUGAAUUUAGAUCAUUUAAAAGCUGAAUAUAGUGAUGUACACAUUUCAUUUCAGAAUGUAAUACCUUGUGUGAACUUUUCUUUCUAUUUUCCCCCCAGUAAAUAAUGUGGGUAUGUCAUAUACUUAUCCUGAAUUCUUCCUUGACAUUCCAGACUUAGAUAAAGUAAGUAUUGUCUUCUACUCUUGCCCCUCUUUUAAAUUUUUAAGAUAGACUUGUAAAAAAAUAAGCACAACUUUGGAUGUAUUUCUAUAAACAUGAUAAAAAUAAGGUAGAAUACGGUAGCAAAAAGAACAAAGAGUUUUCUAUGCAGUCUCAUAAAUAAUUGAAUACUAAAAUUGAGGUUCACAGUGAUCAUGUAAUCCAAAUACAAGGAUUUAGGUUGUUGUCACAACCCAGUCCCAUCUCCUAAAUACUGAUAAGAUGGCUUUAAGUUAAACUUACUUUUGCAUAUCUUUUUCUUAAGGUGGUUAGGCAGGUUUCCUCUCAAUUUUAUUAAGGUAUUUAUUUUGAUACAGAGGAAUCAACAGUUGAGGCUACCAUGCUAGUCACUAAGACCAAAAAUUGACCGAUUUUGUGUUUUGCAGCUACUUCAUGUUUAAAUUAUCUUGACUGUUUUAACUGCUCAUAAAAUUUGGAAUAUUAGUGCCAUGCUGCACAUAAGUGAGCAAUUCUGGGUUAACCAUAGUGCUGAAUGGGUUUUACUGCACCAUGCUAUCAAGUUGAUAAAACCUAUUUCCACCCACUUGGGUUUUCCUUGGCUUGGUUUGACUAGCAAUAAGCCAAAAUAUUUUCUCAAAACUUGAGAAAAUACAGGUUUAUUUCUAGCCACUCAGAGGUAAAUCAGAGUUUGCUGAGAUUUGUAUUGUCAGCCAAGAAAUUAUGAAGCUAAGGAGCAUCUCUGUCACAAUCUCUUGUCCAGUUCUCUUCCUUAUCACAUGAAACAGUGUAAGUUAUUCAAUAGCAUUUAUUACCAGAGCAAAGGUACUUAUUCUGCAUACCUGUGAAGUGUUCUGUAUUGAGUAUAGCUGAUGUGAUAGUGGGAAACUUUUGUGUUAUUUUUAAAAUUUAACAACUGCUUCUUCAUCUGACUUAAGUAAAUAAGCACGUCAUACAUCUCAAUUGCUGCCGUUUUUGUUUAAAUCAGGAAUUUAUGGUAUCCUGCUAUAGUGCCGUAGUUCAUUGGGGUUUUUUUUCUUAUAGACAAUUGACAAGCUGGUGAAUAUUAAUAUCAUAUCUGUGUGCAAGGUAAGUGCCACCUUGUGUAGAUGUGCGGGGAGAUGAUAUGGCACCUUUUUUCUAUUUGUCAGUGUCAAGUAAUUCAGUUGUUUGUCAUAAAUAUCGUAUUCAUCCAUGCAGUCUGCCCAUUGUAGGUGCAGUUUCACACUCCUGUUUUGUCAGGUUGUUACAAUUGCUUGCCUGGAGCAAUAGCUUCCACAUAAGUCUGUUUUCUUUAGUAGCCUCUGGAAGUGACUCUGCAGCUGAUAAUAACACAACUUUCUCUCUCAGAAUGCUCUGGGACGCUAUAGGGAAACAUCAGUGGUGGCUGUAAGCAAUGGUACACUCAGAGUGUUACUGCUGCCUGCCCAUCAGGGUUCAUCAGAGGGAAUCCACCAGAGAGCAUUUUGCUCUCUGUAGCCAGCUCUGGUCCAAAACUAUUCUUUUGUUACCCACAAUGCUCAUUUUUUAAAUAAUCUUGGAGUUCUGAAAAUUAGUUAUAAUUUCUAAAGCACUAUUCCUGGCAUCUCCCCCGCUUCCAUAGAAUAUGAUGUUGGGGAAGGAGCCCCACUGAUUCACAUAAGGAUAUCACACCAGUGCAAAUGCUCACAUCUGCUGACUGUUCUUGUAUUCAAAGAGCUUCAAGCAUGUGGCCUUUCUGAGAUGUUUCAGGUGGACACUGCAUAUGAAGUGGUCAUGAGCUCUUGAUUGCCCUUGUAAUCACUAUGAUUACAUGGUUUGUCCCAUUACCACAUGAAAAUGCUUAACUGAAAGACUGUAAGUGAUAGUUAAUAAAAGCAGGAAAUACCUUUAUAUUUGUCAUAUUUAGCUUGGAUUUAAUUCUCCAAGGUCCCCUGUUUCUGUUAUGUUUGCAUGGUUAUCCUUUCCUCCAUCUCCAAAUACAAUGAGAUGACAGCUUUAAAAAAGAAGUUUAUCAUAGCAAUUAUAAAAGGUGACAUUAGGAAUAGCGCUCCCAAAAUGUAAAUUGCUAUACAAGUUUGUACAUUGUUGCAACUUCUGUCUGGCAUAGGUCGUUUUUCAUUCCCGCUUUACACAUUAUGAUGAGUGUGACUCAGCAAAAGUCACCGAUUUACUCCAUGACGGACCCAGGACAUCUAUAUCCUCCAAGGCCAUCUCUUGGCAAAGGAAUUGUGUAGGAUAGGACAUUAUGCAAAAUGUGUACAAAAUGGCUGUCCCCAUUCUGCUUCAAUUAUGACACCAAUGAUUUGUUUAGACCUGGCGCAAUCCAUUAAAAAGAAGAAGCAUUGUAGCCAGACCACUUCAGUUCAUGUCAGCAAGAUUUGCCCGUGGCUCACAGCCAUUAAAGAUGAUGAUAGAGGCCGCAUUGUGGAUUGCAUUGCUUGUCCUGUUCUCACACUUUAGCAUACUGUGAUGCUGGAUUUUAGAAUUGGUUGGUGCCUAUUAAGAAGAAUCACAGAAUCUAAAGUAGAAUGGAGCCAAAAGAGCAUCUAUUUCUCUUUCUACCUUAAAUCACAGUACCAUACAAACUUCAUGAUAAUCCUCACAAAACUUCCACUGUCCUUAUGCCAUCAUUUGAACUUUGUGGUAUGGUGGUGGCGUAACUAGAAUUCUUGUACGUCUACCAGAAAUCAGUGCCUAGAAUCAGUAUUAUGAGGUAUUUGACUGUAAUUUCACCAAGAUGGUAUUUAGAAGCCCCUAAUCAGUGGUGCUGUAGCAGUACAAACAAGAAAGAAGAGCAGACUACUGGUGUGUGCUGUAACAAGUACAGAUGAUUUCAUCUGAUUCACUGCACAUGCUUUGUGCAAGAACCAAGUGACACCAAUAGAAUAAAAAUAUGCUGCUUCCACAAAUUAAGGCCUUCAAUUCUCCUAGACUAUUUUGAGGUGAAGAGGUGUUGGUUUCUUUAUGAGGAGACAGAGAGGCUUCCCUCAAUCUGGUGUCUGCAUCCCACUCAGUCACCAGGUUUUUGUUUCUUAUUUAUUUUUUCAGAUGACACGAUUGGUGCUGCCCAGCAUGCUGGAAAGGUGAGUCACACAAAUACUAUCCAGACAGUCAUCAUUAUUUAUAGGGGAGAAUCCUUUCUUUGAAAAAUUCAUUACUAUGACUAAUCAGCCUGGCCUCCAUGUUUCAGUGGCAAAGUAAUGCCGUGUGAGUCAUGGUUCUGGGUGCAUGAAUCAUCAGACGUGGAAGCCUAUCUCCACUUGAUUCCCUUUUUUAUUUUCCCUUUCCCCUUCACUGUUGUGGUGAUUUCUUUUAAAAUAGAAUUUUAAAAAACCCUUCUGACUCAUCGGUGUGAACUCAACAACCUGCAGUUCUGUGGGGGUGGCUGUAGUUACUGGGAUGUUCCCGGGAAUAACCUUCUUAAAGCCAUUUCUGAGAGGCACGAGAAGCAAAAUGGGUAUAGAGAAUAAGCUCUAGUUGUAUUGCAGGUGGCAGAUUGAGGGAAGUGUGCAAACAAAAGCAGGAAGCUCCUGGAAUAACAUGGUGCUGUAAUAUAUACAACCUUUUGGUGCUUGUCUCCUGUACUGCUUCCUGCCUGUGAGGCUAGCACACCAAGUCCUAUAGAGUUUGUGUUGGGGUUUCCCAGUCGCUUGACUGCUGCACGACGCAGAUAGUCCUUCUGAAAGUGUAAUACUCCCCACUUCCUCCAUUCCUCCCACAUGAAUUAGAAAGAAAGAAUGGAUGCACCUGCCAUUGGUAUCUUCCUCAUUUUGCUUCAGACUGGUAUAAGUGUCAUUUUCAGCACUGUGUCUUGUUCAACAUUACAAAUGGUCUUCCAUCCUUUCAGGAUUCUUCUAUCGCAGAGGGGAAUGUGUGGUAUUCCAGAUGUUGCUGAGCUAUUGAUCACGUCAUCUCUGAUGACUGGUCAUGCUGGCUGAGUGAUGGGAGAUGGGAGGCCAGCAGCAUCUCAAGAGCCAUAGGUUUCCCACCCCUCUUCUGCAGGGAUCAAUUCCCUCUUGCUCAGUUGAGACACAUACUAAGGUAGCUGGAAAACUAGUCUCGCUGCAGGUGAUCUAUUCCAAUCUCUUCAUUCUUGGUAGAGUUCCCGCUUGCCUCCAUAAGAAUUCUGCCCACCCACUUUUACUGACCUGCGGGGACUCAGUCUAGAGAUCAAAUAAUUGCUAAUGUAUAUUUCACAAGCUUCUGAAUUUCUUGACUUCAACCGUAACAAUGUUGAUGCAGACAGUUCAAUUCCCUUUUAUAGAUUUCCUCUUAUAUGUGUUCCUCACAUAUCUCAGACUUGCUCGGAACUUCUCUGAGACCGUAGUAGUCUUUAGCAUCCAGUUUAAUACUGCCAUACCACUUGCUCUAGUUCUGAGCAUAAUACAGUGGAGAUCAUCUGUUCACUCCCUGUGGAUGAUGGUACACUAUCCUUCUCCGGAGUUUAGGAUGAUCAGGAAGAGUUGGAAGUAGGCAACUCUGGGGUUGUGAUGAUUGUAAAGACUCUUACCUCUGCCACCAUUGCAUUUGCUCCAUGAUGUCCAGAGGAACUCUUCUGGAUGGUGAAAGGUCAUGUUAUUAACUAUAGUUUUGUAUCCAGUCUUUCAUACUUUUUAGCUACAGGUUCAAAUAUGCAGUUGCAUCUCCACUCCAGAGUUUUCUGAAUAAAACCAAUUAUUUGGAUCUGUUCUAGGCUGGUUUUAGGCCUUGUUUUGGCACAAACAGCUGUGGUGGAUAACAUAUCUGGGAGAUGGGCAAGGGAAGAAGAAUAAGAGUUUGGAUUUGAUAUCCCGCUUUAUCAUUACCUGAAGUGCCAGCCUGCUGUUUCUUUUGGAUCUGUCAGUAGUUUUCAGAGCUAUCAACUGUUAUAUGCUUCUGGGCCAUCUUGCUGGGAUGAGUAUAUGUGAUACCAUUCUUCCAGCAGUUCCAUUACCAUACAGAUGUUUGUACUCAGAAAGUGGUGAUUGGAGAAUGCUGUCUUACCCUGUGGCCUUUGACCUAUGGUGUACCACAAAGUUCCAUUUUUCCCCUCGUGCUUUUGAGUAUUUACAUCAAAUCCGCUCCUUCCUCCUGGGCCGUGUUCAGAAAGUGGUGGUGGGGGAUUAGUGUUCAGACCCUGGGCUCUCACUUGUGGGGUGCCUCAGGGUUCUGUCCUCUCUCCCAUGCUUUUCAACAUCUACAUGCAGCCGCUGGGAGAGAUCUUCAGGGGGUUUGGGCUGGGUGUUCAUCAGUAUGCAGAUGAUACCCAGCUCUACCUCUCUUUCAAAUCAGAACCAGUGAAGGCGGUGAAGGUCCUGUGUGAGUGUCUGGAGGCGGUUGGAGGAUGGAUGGCGGCUAACAGAUUGAGGUUGAAUCCUGACAAGACAGAAGUACUGUUUUUGGGGGACAGGAGGCGGGCAGGUGUGGAAGACUCCCUGGUCCUGAAUGGGGUAACUGUGGCCCGAAGGACCAGGUGCGCAGCCUGGGAGUCAUUCUGUCCAUGGAGGCACAGGUCAAUUCUGUGUCCAGGGCAGCUGUGUAUCAGCUCCACCUGGUACGCAGGCUGAGACCCUACCUGCCCACAGACUGUCUCGCCAGAGUGGUGUAUGCUCUGGUAAUCUCUCGCUUGGACUACUGCAAUUCGCUCUAUGUGGGGCUACCUUUGAAGGUGACCCAGAAGCUACAAUUAAUCCAGAAUGUGGCAGCUAGACUGGUGACUGGGAGUGGCCGCCGAGACCAUAUAACACCGGUCUUGAAAGACCUACACUGGUUCCCAGUAUGUUUCCGAGCACAAUUCAAAGUGUUGGUGCUGACCUUUAAAGCCCUAAACGGCCUCGGUCCAGUAUACCUGAAGGAGCAUCUCCACCUCCAUUGUUCUGCCAGGACACUGAGGUCCAACACCGAGGGCCUUCUGGUGGUUCCCUCGCUGCAAGAAGCCAAGUUACAGGGAACCAGGCAGAGGGCCUUCUCGGUAGUGGCACCCUCCCUGUGGAACGCCCUCCCCCCAGAUGUCAAAGAGAAAAAUAACUACUAAACUUUUAGAAGACAUCUGAAGGCAGCCCUGUUUAGGGAAGCUUUUAAUGUUUAAUAGGUUAUUGUAUUUUAGUCUUUUGUUGGAAGCCGCCCAGAGUGGCUGGACCCAGCCAGAUGGGCGGGGUAUAAAUAAUAAAUUAUUAUUAUUAUUAAAUCUUUGGAUGAAAUCAUCUGGCGUUUUUGAGCUGAGAUGUCACCAGGAUACAGAUGACACACAGCUUUUCCUCUUGAUUCCAUUGUCUGAUCUCAGGGAAGCAGUGGAGGUGAUGAACCAGUGUCUAGAGUCAGUGCAGGGUGAAUAAAGGUUAACAAGCUGAAACUUAAUUUCACAAAGCAGAGUUAUUAUUGGUUAUGGGUACUGGAGACCUAGAUAAGAUAGUUCAAUCUGUCCUGGUUGGGGUUACACUGUUCUUUAAGUAGUAGGUAUGUAACUUGGGUGGGGGUAUUCCUUGAUCCAUCACUUUCCAUGGAUGCUAACUUGUGUUUUGUCAUCUUCAACUGAUAAUCCAUCUGUGACCAAACCUGGAGAAGAUGGUCUUGGCAUAAGUAAUUCAUGCAAAGAAUCCACCACCAUGUUUGGUGUAUAAUAUUUGUAUACUAUUUUAGGAUGACGCUGAUGAUGACAGUAAUGAUAAUAAUAAAUGUGCACUUUGACUUUAUAAAACAUAUUUUAUAGCCACAAGAAUUGAGAACAAAAAGCAUUAAACAUCAAAUGCAUUGCAACCAUAAAUUGGUGGUUUAGUACUGCAACGAUCAUGAUUUCACAUAUACAAAUAGAAACUAAUCCCCUGCCUCAGCCCACUCUGUGCGGUAUAAUAAAACCACAGUAGUAUGAAAUUGAUGCCUUCUAUAAAAUAGACAGAAAUUGAUUAUUAAAAAUAAUUAAUAGUUGCAAGGCAGUUCACAGAACUAAAGCAACAUAAAGCAAUUAAAUACAUAGCUACUCCGUUUCCUAUCUAAAAAUAGCAGCACACCACACUUCACCAGAAAGUGCACUGAAAUAAAAAUGUCUUCAUAGUCUGCUUAAAGGUCAAUGCAGACCAUUCUGACCACUCGUGAGCAGCAUCUUGUGCAAGUAGAUGGUUGUUAGAACAGACUGACACUCCCUGAGAAGCAAAUGCUAUGCAGUCUUUCUCGAGGUGCUAGAAAUUGUUCCAACCCUCUUAAGAAAAAGAUCCACAUUCUGUGGUAAGGUUACUUACAUUCUGCAUAAAGCCAAAUUCAUCACCUGUUAUGUAUAUUCUAUCCAUAACCAUACUGCACAAAGAUAAGUGGUACACUGUUCAGCACAACAGCACAAUCUUUGCCUAGAGCAGUGGUGCACAAUUCAAAUCACUGCAAACAUUAAAUUGUUGCCCCCCCCCCCGCCGCCUCUAGAAGUUAAUUGUAUUACAGAGGCAGCUUGCUUUUUACCACUUUACAUAGAGCUGGGGCAGACGAGGGUUGCCAUAACAACAAUGGGAGAGCUAAAUAUAGCAUGUUUUUCUACAAUUUUGCUUAAGGUAGAAUGCUGAUGAGGUAUUAGGGUGUGUUCAGUCAGUCACUUUGUGCAUUCAUGUUAGACAAAUCUGAUUAGAGAGAGCUAGAGAAUGUGUAGUAAAAUUUUAUAUAUAAAGAGAUCCAUUGCCUCAGUUCCAGCUUGCCAAGCUAUUGUCCGGUCUCUCUCACACCUUCUACCCCCCCACCCCGCCACGAUCUUGGUAUCUGAGCAAAGUCUCCAUAAUUGCUGUUGGUUUUAUAAUUCUUAUCCUCUAACCUAUCUUGGGGUUAAUUUGUAGCCUUGACUUUCACAAAGGAAAAAUGCUUGGAUGGAACCAUUGUUGAACGGGAAACGUUUUGUUUUGUCAUUGAAUCUGUUCCGGCUAGUGCCCCACUUUAUCAUGCGUUGUACCUACAAAGAGAUAACCUUAGUGCCCUGGACUUCAGGGAAAUCUUGUAGCCACUAGGACUGUAGCAUUAAAAUAUUUGGAUUGCUCCAUUUUAAAAACAUUUUUAAUCAACUGCAAAUUGGGUAAGAGACUUUUAAAUUUGUUGUACUUCUUAUUUAGUACUGGUAAAAACUGCAGACGGAAACCGCCAUGUUAAAAAAUGCAUUCACUUUUUGUGUGUGAGAGAAUGAAGAAUGCCCGUUCUGAAUUAUGCCUGUUGCAAAACAUGCAUGCUUAGUAUAAAGGAAAAGGCAUGUACUUGGUUUUUAGAGCAUUUACUUUCUUACAGUUUUCUUGAAUGCAUGCUUACUUGGAUUCUUAUUCUAUUAUCCAGCUCAUUGAAUUAAUGCAAUUAAGAUUUCUAGGAGCAGCUAUUUUUGAAAUUGACCCACCAACACUGUGUAGAUAGUGUUGCGUACUUAUUGCAAUAUCUUUCCAUUAUCCAUUUUCUUCAGUAUUCCACAAAGUCAUGUUCCCAAUGCACAGGAAGUAUUAACUUCCUUCUCUGUGCUAAUUAUCACUCCCCUCCCAUAUAACAUUAACAUAUUAAUUGUAGCUAUCUUGUGAUGGCUUGAAUGCAUGAAAUAACUGUCCUCAAUCACAUGAUGGUGACUUUAAAAGUUAGAAUGGAGGAUUUGAGAGAACCCAGUGAAUUCCCCUGCUGUGAGUUGCAUGGAAGUAAUUCUUUCCCUCCUCAGGCAACUGGCUAACUACAAUUUUGCUUUAAAACAUCUUACCCAAAUUACCAUAUUUCAUUUACAAUAGAAGAGGUCCUAAAGUUUGGCUUUUGGCUUAUUCGCAACUGAAACAAAAACUCCAAAAUUGUUUGCAAAGAACAUUCUCUAAAUGAGUAGUUUGAUCUAGUAAAAUAUAAUUGAGCUUGAUGGGUUUUUUUAACCUGUAACAGGAAAAGCAUACUACAUUGUGUAAAGCUGGAAUUGCAUUUUGUUUGAAAUGAUACCUGCAAAAGGCAAAUCCAGUUGUUAGGGGUGGACCAUGGGCAGCAUUUUGAGAUGAGUGUAGAGUGAGUAAGAUAGUCUAGGGAUCAGACCUGAUGAAAGAGGUAGGGCCAAAGGUCAAACAGGGUCAGGGUACAAGCUAGGAGUUGGAACCAAAGAAACACGAAAGAGCCCAAAAUUGGGCAAGAAAUUUAAUAAUUUGCUGUACUAUUUUGUUCAGGUACUGGUAAAAACUUCAGCAUUCUGCCCAGCAUCUAGUCCAGCAUUCUAUUUUUACAUUGGCCAACCAGAUUCCUGUGGGAAGCACACAAGCAGGACAUGAGCACAGUAGCAAUCUUCCACUCAUGAUCUGGUGCAGAAUGCCACGGCGAGACUCCUUACAGGGUUCUCACCGUGGGAUCACAUUCAUCCAGUGCUUUACCAGCUGCACUGGCUCCUGGUGAAGUACAGGCUCAGGUUUAAGGUGCUGGUUUUGACCUUUAAAGCCCUAUGUUACCUAGGACCCUUGUACCUACGGGACCACCUCUCCUGUUAUGCCCCGCGGAGGACCUUAAGGUCCAUAAAUAAUGACACUUUGGAAGUCCCGAGGCCCAAGGAGGUUAGAUUGGCCUCAACCAGGGCCAGGGCCUUUUCAGCUCUGGCCCUGGCCUGGUGGAAUGCCCUACUGCAGGAGAUUUGACAUUUUUCCACAGGGCCUGCAGGACGGAGCUGUUCCACCUGGCCUUUGGGCUGGACUCAGUCUAACCCCACUCUCAUUUUUUUAAAAAAAUAAAUAAAUUAUGGUACGCCUUAUAUGGGAUUUUGUACAUAAAUUUUGCCUCUACUUUUUUUGCUGGCCCAUGUGGGACCAGCGUGGCUAGUUGGCCCUGGUGAAUAUUUGACGUUUUCUCCUCUUGUGGCUUUGAUCUAUGGGCUACCACUAAAACGAGGCUCCAUUUUAAGCUGCAUUUUAAACUAUAUUCUAACUUAUAUUUUAAUUAACUAUUUGUUUGGGGGUUGGUUUUUUUAUGUUUUUGUAUUUGGUGUUAGCUGCCCUGAGCCCGGUCUUGGCCGGGGAGAGGGGGUAUAAAUAAAAUUAUUAUUAUUAUUAAAUAAGAAGCAGGACUGAGGAAUAAGUUGGACAAAAAACAAAACAAAAAAAAACACCCCCAAGACAGAAUUCACGAACAUGCUAGAGUUCAGGAAGACCUUUAUGCUUCUUCCUACCCAGAAGGAAUCAGUGGGUGGGUGGAAUCAGGCAAGAAAGUUCUUUGCUUAGAAGGCCAAUUCAGUGACAUAGGGCAAGGCAGCUGCAUACAGAUCCAGCACCUCCCGACAGCCAUGUUGGUGAUAAAAUGGAUCUUUACAUUAGAAGGUUAAAGUUUUGUACUUCUUGGAAUAGCAGUAGAUGCAGCAUUUUCAGUGUUUACAAGUAACCACGUUCAUUAGUCAUGCAUAGACUUCCCCUGCUUCUUAGCUUGUGGGAAACUGCCAUGCUGUAGAAAUAAAUUAACAAAUUGUCUAGGAGCACCUUAGAGACCAACUAAGUUUGUUCUGGGUAUAAGCUUUCAUGUGCAUGCCCACUUCUUCAGAUACACUGAAACAGAAGUCACCAGACCCUUAUAUGCCAUGCUGUAGAAAGGAUCAUCAGGAUUUCAGCUGCAAAGUAGCAAAUACUUGAAGAAACAUUCCUUUGUUUUUUUAAAACAAUCAUUGACAACAACAUUUGUCUCCUGUAAAACCUGUACAGUGUGCGGAAUCAGAAUUAUUUGUCCCUAUUAACUCAUGCUGCUUUUCUUUUAAUUGGCAUCUGAAGAGGUCUCUCUGAAUGCACACAUAGGUGUGUUGACUUUCAUUUUAUAGCAGAAGCAUGACCCAAGAUUGUGGGUUGGCACCAGAGGAUUGUGAGGUUGGGCAUUUCUCUUGGAAAAAAAGUAAGCACCAAAGCAGGAGCCAGAGAGAAGCUAAGCUCUUAAGAGACAUUAAAUUAUCAUUUCAGAACAACACGUUGUUAUCACAUAUCCAUAUGCACAGGUAUAUGCACCCACAGAGCACAUGCUGAGACCUAAACUGUCACUUAGGGAACUGGCCAUGGAAAAAAUAUUUGUAAACCAGACUUUGGUUUCUGUAAUAACCUGUUUCAGUUCUUCUGUUUCUAAUGGUUCAUUUGAUAUGUUAUGUUUACCUCUUCAGGUCCAAGGGAGUUAUAUUAAACAUUUCCUCUUUUACUGCGAUUAACCCAACUCCAUUGCUGACUGUGUAUUCUGCAACCAAGGUAAAUUUAUUUAUCCCUUUAUUGCAUUUAUGUACUGUGCAUCCUACCAAGUUAUCUGGAUGGUAUACAGUAGAAUAUAAUUCACAAUAAAAUCCUUUAAAAUUAAAAUUGUAAACUAAGUCACAAAGAAGAAAGCCCAGCAAAAAGUGAGCAUAGGUGUUUUUAUAUAUAUAUAGUUAAGAGAUGACAUGAUGUUGUCUCUGUUCAUGCUUUCCCCCCAGAUGUUGUGAACUGCACCUCCUAUCAGGAAUAAAAAAAUUAACCAAGUGCUUUCUGGUGGGCAGUCACUGUAAUUUGUAAGCAUAUUUAGCAAAUGAACUUGUUCAUAUUUCAAGCAACAUUUAGAGCAUGGGAUAGCACACAUCAAAGUUGACGUCUCUAGAAUUGCACAGGGGGAGGGGGGUAUUCCAGAGAACCAAUGUCACGAUGGAAAAGUUGUCAACGAGAUGGCAGUCUACCAGCCAUGAUGGCACAACCAGCUGGACUGCCUCCAAUGAUGGUCAAGAUUGAUGAGGUCUGUCUAGGGGAAGGGAGUCUACCAGGUAUCCCAGUCCCAAGUUGUUCAGGGCUUUAUAUGUUAAAAACAUAGCACUGAGCAUGGUUUGAUAGCAAAUAUAGGCAGCUAUUCUUUUUACUCUUUUAGUGCAUGUGUGCUAUGUAUUUAUUUCAUUUAUGAGUCACUUCCCAUGAGGCAUCCCAAAGCACUUUACAAAAGGUGUAUUAUGUGUAUAGCUAGGUACCCUACUAAGCACCCUAACUGCUGCAUUCUGCUCUAGUUGCAGCUUCCAAGCUAAGCCCAAGGGUAGCCCCACAUAAAGCUCAUUACAGUAAUCUAAUUAUGAGGUUACAAGUAAUUAUGAGAUUAUUUGUCCUUCUGAGUUUGCCAGAUGCAAAACUCCCAUAUCAGACCUUAGUUAGCUCCUUCUCAUGAGAUUUAAGCCAGUCUUGUUCACUAUUGAGGUUGGUUGGAUAUAAUACUAAACCACCAUUUAACAUUAUGAAUAUAAACCACUGUGAGGUUUGGGCUCAUGUAGCUCUCUCCCUCCUCCAGCGCAUCUGUGAGGAGCUGAGGAGCUUUUGUUUCCAGUUUAGAUUAACCACAGCUUGCUGUGUUAUGCAACACAAGUUGUGGCUAUUCUUGACUAAGUUCGGUUGAAACAAAUUAAUUUUAAAACAGUUUAAUAAAGUGAGUUUUUUCAACUACCCUUAGUUAAUAUUAAUUACAGCUGAGGAAUCUUGACAGCAUGCUAACCUGUAGUUAAUCUGAAAUGGAAGUGGGAAACUUCUGAUUGCCUUGUGGCUUCUCUGAAGGAAGACAGAGUUGAGGGGAGAAUGUGAGGCUGUGACUCUUCCUCGUCAUGUUAAACCAUCGUUUGGCAUUAUGUUACAAGCCACACCGUAAUCUCUAAAGGCUGAGAUUCUUAGAAAAUUUAAUGUUGCAUUUCUAGGGAACUGUGGUAUGUAUGUUGCAUAUAUAUAUGGCACUCACCGUUGCCAUUUCUAAUUCAUCUGUUUAAGGUAGAUGAGAAUAUAGUUUGAACACAAAGUGAUGGUUAUGAACAUGUUUUAGUUGGUGAAGAUGAUAUACUUUUUAAAAACUGAGCUAAGCAUGUGAUUCUAGAAACUCUGGAGAAAGGAGAGCAUCUAGAUUAGCAUUCUCAUCCUGAUCAAGCAUGGUUUGGUUGCAGUCCCCUUGUAUAACUUCCGUCACAUACACACAGCUUUUGGCUUGGAAUAUCACCUUCUGCCGAAGGCUAUAUUUGUAGAAUUAGGCAGGGUUUAUCUUUCAUGAGGAAAAUAUAUAAAUUAUGCUAUAAGUUCAUCUGCAUAUAGUACAUUCCUAACAUACUUUUCCAUUGCAUUUAUUUAGGCUUUUGUUGAUUACUUCUCUGAAGGUCUCAGUGCAGAGUACAAAAAUAAAGGUGUCAUUCUGCAGGUGAGGUGAACUGUUUUGUUGUUAAUACCUCUACUGUUGUUUAACUGGUUGUUACCAGUUAAGAUGCUGACCUCAUUCCAAAGUGUGGCAACAUCUGAGGCUUUGCUUGGAGUCCCAGUGCUGACCUAGGCUUGGUGGUAUCCACUAGAAGCAGUGCCUUUUCAUCAGUUGUGCCCACUUCGUGGACUGAACUCCCUCCGGAGGUGGCUCUAUUUAAUUAUUUAUUUUUAGUGUCUGCCUGAACAUGACUGUUCCAAAAUUUCUUUAAGGUGGAACAGUUUCUUAUAUUGAGUUGCUUUUACUGCUGCUGCUGCUCUUCAUAACCAAUUUUUGUGUGCUAAUUGAUACGUACAAGGUUUAAUGUGUAACUUUAUGUUUUAUUUAUUUAGUCCAUUUUUAAACUGCUCUUCAUCAAUUAAGAACCUAGGGCAGUUUAAAAUAUAUCUAUUUAAAACAAUAACAUUCAGUGGGUGACAUUCCUUACUUAGGAGUAGACUCAUUGAAAUAAAUGGAUUUAACUAAACUGAUUGUGGUUGGAAGAUCCUUUGCUGUUUUUCUGUAACUUUGGGGAAAUGGAACACCUAUGUAAGCUAUCUUAGAAGAUGAAUGAAUAAAAUAUUUAAUUGAGAAAAGGCAAUGUGGAAAGGUAUUACAGUACUAAAUGUGUAUUUAAAGAAUGACAGAGAUGAAUAGACCAGCUCUUAGACCAAAAACUGUAUAAUGCUAUGACUGCUACAUUUAGUUUAGUUGCCAGUAGACCAUCCUUUGGCGCCACCCAGUGCUGUAGCUGAGCAACACAACUUUAGAUACUAGGCAAGUUUGCACGUAAUAUUAAACCAUGGUUUAGCACCACAUACAUGAGCGAAAGCAAUCCCAAGCAAAGACUCAUGCUCGCAUGUUGAGCUCUUUUUCUCAGCUUUUUCCAUGCAGCUGGGAAAAGGACUUUGGCCAUGUUUCCUUUCAGUCAUCCCAUCCAAUCAAGAUUGUGGUUUAGCACAUAGGUAGGACACAAAGGAAUAUGGUCCCCCAUCCCUGGCUUCUCUGCCCAGCCCUAAGGACUCUCCCAAGGCCACACCCUCCACUGUUUCCCCCCCUUCAUUAAGUAUGUUUACCUGGCUGGAAUCUCUCCCUGAACUCUAAUAAUUCACCUAUAUUGCCUGGAUGCAGGAUAGAGAGGCAUGUAUUAGGUGGAUGUAGAAACUACAAAGGUAAAAAAUUGUAUUCAUUGCUGUAUCCACUUUUGCCUCCUGCCCACCAGUGGCAGGUAGUUCCUGAAGAGUUGCCCAGAAAGGAACACAGCCCUUGGUCUGAAAAAGGUUACCCACCCCUGGUUUAUCACAAACUCUGGUUAAUUAAACAAACCCAUUUCACAACCUGUUGUUAAAGGUUGAUCAGAGUUAGCAUGAACUACGACCCCAAGUUUGGACAGCACAACAAGCCAAAGCCAUUGUCCUGGCUCUGCAGCUGAUGGAUUGGGGACGGGGCUUAACAUGCAAGCCUAAUGCUUCACUUGGGAUUGUUCCAACUCAAGCUCACAGUAUUAAGCCAUGGUUUGGUGUUGGGUGAAAGCGGGACUUUUCAAGACUUACAGUUAAUUAACUUAUAUCUUGCAUUUUGGUCUUAUAAACUGUGUUAAAGGUUCACUUAAAAUCUUGGUUUGUGUAUGCAGGAUGCUACCCAGAGGUAUGGUACAAUGAGAGCUACACAGUGAGAUGUGGCUUGAUACGAGCUACCCAUCUUCUAUUUCCAUUGCAGACAGUAGUCUUAUUGGCACCUAUAAUCAGUAUCAAAAUGAUGCAUAUUACUACUAUUUAAAUAAAUACUCUGGAAAUCAACAGUGACUAUAGCUUUUAACUACCCAAAUGGUCUUAUUUCCACAAGGGGAUAUUUACAUCAGGCCUGCCACAUCCUUAAGAACCAGCAUACCUGAGUUAGGCAUAGUUUGCUACUGCCUUGUGCCACCCCUUCCCCAGUCCUUUCUCCUGAUUUGGAAUCACUGGAUUGGUGACAACAGCAGGGCAGGGAAAGGAGAGAGCAGGUGGGAGCACAUAUGUGGAAAAGAAGCACCAUAUCCCUGUCAGCAGUUACCUGAUGCAAGGUCUUCUGAUGGCCAUUUUAGUAGAGAUAAUGGCUAUUGGGGUGGAAUAGAACAUCAAAAGUGAACUAGUUGCGUUUGGAGAAGAAUUUGCACACCAUAAAUUACUGAUGUUUUAAUGAUUUUCUAUAAAUUGCUUUGUGAAGUCUACCUAAAAAGCAAAAAUAUUUAAUAAUAAAUGGUUGAAUGUGAAAACAUAGUUGCAUAUGAUAUAGUGAAAGCUGUUUGCAUGUUGAAUCACUUCGUAUUCAUCAUGAUACUUGUUUCUUGGCAUAAUAAUUAUCCAUGAAGGCAUAUUUUAAGAACCAGAAAAACAUUCUGCUAUUCCUUUCCUUUUCAGAGCGUUCGGCCAUAUUUUGUAGCUACAAAAAUGACCAAAAUCCGUAAACCAUCAGCCUUUAAACCUACUCCUGAAGCCUAUGUAAAAAAUGCCCUCAACACCGUUGGUCUUGAGACACAAACUUCUGGAUGCGCAACUCAUUCAUUGGUGGUAUGUAUUAGUCAGUUUAUUGCUCUUAGUACAUUUCCUAUUUGUGGAAAGAAAAUGGGGAUGGAGAACCUUUUUGACUCCCAUUGCAGGUCAACUUUGACAGAUGGGCGGGACAACCUACCUGUCAUUCACAUGAUGUCAUGAUGACACCAGAUAGCUCAUAAGUGAGUUGUCCUGCCCACCAGCUGGCUGCCGGGCAGUUGGGAACCACUAUGCAAAGCCCUGCACAGCUGAUACAGAAGGCUUUAGCUGAAAUAUUUUUUGCAGGCUUUGGUGCUUUGGCUCCUUGAACCAAAUGCUUUCCCUUGCCGAUGCAUUACAAGGAUUGCACUUUUAAGGCUCCCAGUUGUGCCAUGUCUUUAUUUGCCCCACACCUGACAUCAUAUAUGACAAUAAAUUUGAAUCCCCCAGCAGGCUAAGUUUGGUCAAUGGACUGGAGGCUCCCCUCCUGUUUUAGAAUAUCCGGUGUUGUUUGUGGGCUUCCUAUAGGCAUCUGGUUGCCACUGUAAGAACAGGUUGCUUCCAUCAUUCCUGGCAAUUGUCUAUUUUUGCUGGGGCUGAUGGCAGUUGUCAUUCUUCAACAUCUGAAGGACCAAAGAUUUUCCACCCCUGAGAGUCCUUUGACCUGAUCCAGCAGGGCUCUUGUAUCUUGUUAAUAUCUGAGUGUCACUGUUAUAAUUUGGUUUCCCUUAUAGUCACAUUAAAUUCUGGUCUUCAGAGAUUUGAUAAUGAACCUUUUUCUUCCUCCAUUUCCUAGGCCUGGUUUAGCAGGUUUGUGCCCAAGUGGUAUUUCACAAAGCUGGCCCUUGACACGAAUCUAAAACUGAGAGCUUAUUCUUUGAAGAAAUUAAAGGAGAAUUGAGUUGCAUCAUCAUGACCAAUUUGUUGGUAGUUCUGUGGAGCGAAAUACUGGUCAUAUCUUAAAGUUCUUUCGAAUGGGAUUUUCUUUUGGGACCACAGUCCAGCGUGAACAAAGAGAAAACUGAGGAGCAUGGAAAAGGCAACCAGCAACUUGUUGAUUUUGUUUGUUGUUCUUCUGCAUCAUUGUUUUAGAAUGUGCUUUUUCGAUGUGACUUGGAACAGUAAUGGGUACUUGUAGUUACUAGCUUUACUAAAAUGCACUUAACACCAACAGAUGUUUGGUUUGGGAAAUGAUGUCAAUGCGAUAAAUUUGACAGAAUUUGAUGUGGAACAUUGUUGGUGUUGAUACAGAACAACACUAAUAUUGGUAUUGAACUGGUCAAUGCAGUAUUUCUUUCAUUAAAUAUUUGUUGUCAUUUAUUUUUACUUUGAAAGAAGUCACACAAUGGUCUUUAUUAUGAAUGAAAUUGGACAAGUUCCCCCUCCAUCACACAUGGGCCACAAGAUCCUUGCCUUUUCAGCAUAGACUUCUUUAGGCAUUUCACUCCCUUCUACACGAUCUCCCCACCUAAGACACUGUAAAUGUGAAAUUGUUGCAGCCUACAUGAUCAGAUUGAAGUGAAAGGGCUUAAUGUGAUAGCUGUAUAGAUUUUAUCCAUUGGCAAUACUUUUGUUUACUGAUGCUAGUCCUUUUACUAAAAUAGUAUAUUAAGAGAGGUGGGCUUUAUCAAACUGUUGGAAGACAAAUGCUACAGAUUGCAGUAACAAAUCUUGCCAGUUACUGAUAGUGAUUUAGCUCAGUUGGUAGAGCAAUGAGACUCUUAAUCCCAGGGUUUUGGGUUCAACCCACACCUUGAAUGAAAGAUUCCUGCACUGCAGGGAGUUGGACUACAUGAUCCUUGUGGUCUCUUCCAAUUCUAUGGGAAAAAAAACCUUAAAUUACUCGUACCCUGGAUUGAAAGAUGUGCUUGUACAACAGGGCUUUCCUGCACCACCCCUCCCAAAGCUACCUCUGAGGAUUGAGGAAACCCUUUAGAAUAGUAUAGAGUGUCACAGAAGGCUACAAUAGGAAGGGAAAAUUGGGGGAAAGGGGAAUCUUGUGGAAACCGACAUGCCCUCCUCUUGCACCAGAACUCUUGGAUCCAAGGCUAUGUUGUUGCUUAACACACAGUGUUUGAAAUUAGAUACUGAUAGAAAUAUUAUUUGAUGUGUAUAUAUUGGCCCUAUGCUACAGACCCCAUGAACUGAGAAUGUACAGCAUAGAAACUACAUUUUAAAAAAUUGGCUGCCUUUACAUGCAAAUUAAGAUUUCAGUGCUAACGUCCUAGACUUUCUCUGCUCAAGCAUUACCAGUUGUAUGUGUUUUACUCAAGUAAAAUUAAAAUGCUGUGUCUUUAGAUCAGAGAAGAGGAACCUUUCUGAUACUGAGAACCACAAAAUCUUUUGGGGGCUGUACAUUGGGAAGACGCAAUGUGGGGGCCUGAAGUUAGCAGUGGCAUUGACCAGAGAUAGCAAUAGGCCACUCAUUUUAUUUCUGCUACCCCCCCCCCCUUUAUUCUCUUCCCCAAGCACAAUUAAGUUUUGAAAUAAAGUUCCCAUUUCUGCAAAUGGGACCCUCCCCCAUCCCUUCUUAACUGCUGGGUGGGAUUGAGGAGGGGAGACUGGGGGACCAGAUCCAAAGGUGCAGCAGUCUGGCAAUUUCCUGCAUUUAGAUGCUUUCAUGGCGUACAGAGGACAGUUUUAUCACCAUAGCACAUGAGCUCUGUAUAGAGAGCAAAGAAUCCUAAGGGUGCUGAACUAACGGUGGUUAGUGGCAGCUGAAGAACCCUACCUAUAAGGUGAAUCAGAAAAGCAAAAAUUGCCCACUACCGUUGCCCUUAAAUGAUGGAUCGUGAUCAGUUGCCUAUGUUCUGAAGAAUCACUUGUGUGUGUUUGAGCACAUUUAUUGAUGGUAGAAAAUCUGCAUUCUGUUUCAUCUACUACCAAUGGAGAAGCAAUUUAAGGCUCUGGUUUGAAAGUAAAUGUGUGCUAAAUGAUACUGUACAUAGAAAAUAAAUGAAAACCGAUGCAAUGGUGCUGAUAAGGAUUGAGAAACAAGUUUUGUCCCAGAAUGUGCUUGAAUUUUCUAAAUAGUUAUUUGAAAGAAGAUGGAUUUUGGCUAUAUAAAGCUUCUCUUACAACCAUUAGUAAGGCAGUUGCAAUGCAUGAGGUGAAGCACUGCUGCUGUGCUAUCCCAGCCGCAAGACUGCUCAAAGAGAUGGGGUAGGGCAGGGGAAGCAAUGGGUUGGUGGCGGCAGCAGGCAUAGAUGCAGACACACGUGCACCCACUAACACAAGGAAAAGUUGUGCUUUUCUAAACAAAAAGCAACAACCAUAGAGAAGACAGGGUUAAAGAAAAAGUGCUCAAACAUGCAAACAUACAAAUAGAUAUUUUAUGGAAUAUUAAAUAUCCAUUUGUUUGUAUCUCAUUUUUGAGCAUUUUAUCCUUUUGUGCACCUACUACCAACCUUGCUCAGCCUGGUCCAGCAAGCAGCAGUGCCAUUGGAGCCAAGAGGGUGGUGGAGUGGUGGUGCCCCACCUUGUGUGCUGCAGCCAUUGGAAAAUUAAGAGCAUAUUUGAGAUUGCUGGCUUGCCUAUGUAGCUUGACUGCUUUUUUUCCUAACCUAUUUUGUAAAACUUUCGAUUUAAAAUAAAACAAUAUUUCUCAUCAUGUUUAAUGGGGAUUCGUUUAUUUAGCCAAUCUUGCCUGUUGUUGUUUAGUCGUGUCCAACUCUUCGUGACCCCAUAGACCAGAGCACGCCAGGCACUCCUAUCUUCCACUCCUAUUACAGUGCAAAACACAUUCGGAACUCUUGUUUCUUCCCAGCGUAAAUCAGUGGAGCAGACAAUCUCAGCAAUAGGCAGGCCCUCGCUCCGCUGAAGGUAAUUACAGUAAACAGAGACUGGAAGGCCGCCUGCCAAGAAUGCUGUAGCCAUAUCCUGCAUUAAGUGGGGGCAGAGGGGGGUGGGUUGGACUAAAUAACUUCCAGGGUCUCUUUCAAUACUGAUUUUUUGGGGGGGGGGCGCGGAGAGAAAUACACAAUCAAAUGUCACAAUAUGUCCUAUUCCACCACCUCCAGGAUCAGAGGCAGUAUGGGACCCCAAUGCCAACCAGAGCCGUAGCUAGGUGAUCUUGUGCCCCUGGCAGAACUGUCCAGAUUCCGCCCCCUAGGUAAAGGGUAAAGGGACCCCUGACCGUUAGGUCCAGUCGCGGAUGACUCUAGGGUUGUGGCGCUCAUCUCGCUAUACUGGCCAAGGGAGCCGGCAUUUGUCCACAGACAGCUUCCAGGUCAUGUGGCCAGCAUGACUAAGCCACUUCUGGCAAACCAGAGCAGCACAUGGAAACGCCGUUUACCUUUCCGCCGGAGUGGUACCUAUCUAUCUACUUGCACUUCAAUGUGCUUUCAAACUGCUAGGUUGGCAGGAGCAGGGACCAAGCAACGGGAGCUCACCCCAUCGCAGGGAUUCGAACCGCCAACCUGAUCGGCAAGUCCUAGGCUCUGUGGUUUAACCCACAGCGCCACCCGCGUUCCUCCAUUUCUCCCCCUAGCCACGGACAAAUUAGCUCUUCUUUCUGCCAUCUUUCCGCCCCUGCCCCCCCAUUCCAUUCACCCUCUAUUUAACCCUUUUCCUAUGAGGCAAUAAUAGAUAUUUUUAUUUAUAGACAUAUUUAUGGAUAUAUUAUUUAGCCGAUUUUGCGGAGGGGGGGGCUCGCUCGCGCUCCUGGCGGGGGCCCACCUCACUACCCCCUAGCUACGACCCUGAUGCCAGCUGCUUGGGGGUCAGGGAUGGGAGAAGGCUGUUGCUUGCUGCGGCUUCCCCUAAGCUAGGCUAGGUAGGCCGGCGGGCUUUCUGCGGCAGGGCUCCUUCGCGCAUCCGGACUUUACUCGGAGGUCCCGGUUUCAGCAGAGGGGGAGGGGCCUGCGCAAGGAAUGGUCUGGCGCGCGGGGGGGGGGGGAGGCGCCUGUCGGUUCCCAUUCGCGCAGCGGGGCAGAAGGGGGCGGGGGCUUUGGUGAGCGUGCGCGCGCAGGCGGGGGCGGGGCUGCCUCUUUUACCGCAGGUGUCUGGCCGAGGAGGAGGGAGCCGCUGUGUUUUGUGCCGCCGGUGAGUGGGAGCUCCGGUGACGGCGGCGGCGGGGGGCGGGAGGGAUGGUAGUUAAAAGGAGGGCGGGAAGAAAGGAGAGGUCGGAAGAGCACGGAGGUUCGGCGGGUGGGCUUUAGGUAGGCCGAGUUGUGAGGAAAUAGAAGAAAGGCGGCCUGGUUGUCGCUGCUUAUGCUGCUUAAGCCCUGAAUUUUGCUUCAGGAAAGGGAGACGCCAUACAUAUAUACAUAUGCCUAUGCGUGUGUGUGAAUGUGUGUGUGUAUAUAUAUAUAUAUAUUCACACAGAGAGAGAGACCCCGACCGCGUUCUCUGCCUUCCCUUCCUCAGGCUGCAGCGUAGUUCCGAGCGUGCACGGGUUUCGCUCCCGUGUAUGUUUCGCCUCUUCUGAAGAGAUUUAAGGGGGGGGGGUCUGCGUCUUUGAGGCCAGGCCGCUGACAGUGCAGGAAGUCCCACUGGAUUCAGUGGGAGAUCACUUCCAGGUUGUCGGCUCCGUAGCUGUGCUGUUGCUGCUGCAUCUUCCAAAGCAAUAGUUCUCCCCGUGUAUGAUUUCCGCCCGCCCCCCCCAACUAGAUUUAUAUCUUGCCUUUACUCCCUCCAGGAGCUCAAGGUUUGGCCUGCACGCUUCUUUCCCUCUCCCAUUUAUCUUCACUUGCCCAAGGUCACCCAGUGAGCUCCAUGGGUUGGAUAUGAAUCCUGAUCUCCCAGGUCUGAGUUUGACACAGUAACCAUCACACAUUGGGAACUGAGAGUAGGUUGCCUGAGGCUGGUGCAGCGUGUUCAUGAAUGAACCUACAUAUAUCUGCCCAGAAGUAAUUUACCCUUGAGUUUAAUAGGGCUUACUUUCAGGUAAGUAAAGUCUUAAGGCUGCCACAUUCACAUCAUACAUUCACACGAUACCACUUUAAACAGUCAUGGCUUCCCCCAAAGAAUUCUCAGAGCUGGUGCUUGUUAUGCGUGCUGUGAGUUGUUAGUGGAGCCCUAUUUUUUUCACAGAGCUACAAUUCCCAGAGUAGUUUAGUAAUCAGUCCCUCUUCACAGGGUGAAGGAAUGGGAACUAUGGGAAUUGUAGCUCGGGGGGGGGAUAGGGGUCUCCUAACAAAACCCUUAGCAAACUGCAGCUCCCAGAAAUAAAUUUUUUAGGAGGGGAGCCAUGAUUGUUUAAAAUCGUAUCAUAGAGCUUUAUAUGUAUGAUUUGAAUGUGGCCCAAGUUAACAUUUGAACUGGGGUUCUGUGGCUUAUAGAUAAGCUAUUAUCUGCUAUGUUCUAUCACCUCUCUAGAAGCCGUGGAUAUCUUAAUGUGCUUAAUUAUCUAUUCCUUUAUAUUUUAAAACAGAAAAGAAAGCUAA